AUGAAUGAAGAUUUUCUUAUCGGAGAAAGGUUUCAUUUACUACAAGGAACAAGAAUAGAGGAAACUACAUGUCAGGUAACUCUGAAACUCUGAAACUGUAGCAGAACUUGGGCAAUAGAAAUACCUGCCUGAAGUUCUUUCUAGAUUGGGUUGCAAAAUGGAUCCCAUGUGUCUGUAGGCUUGGCUGGAUUUUUUUUUUUAUCAGCCUGCUCUCUGACUAAGGACUGCUAAUGGAAUCCCUCCCACAACAUUCCCGUUGAGCCACCCUGGCACCCUGCUUGGAGGGUCAUGCAUAAUUUUUAUUGCGUACUCAAACAAAUGGGCCUGCCAAAUCAUUAAAGUUGGUGGUUCUCUUUUGGUCUGUGGUGGUUGAGCAAAUCAUGCUGGCCAUGUUUCUAAGCUUUUAUAAUAGAUGCUCAUUCACACAAUCCACAUUAGUCAGAUCAUGAGCUUCCUGGUGGUCACAAGCACUCCGACAGGUUAGGGGAAGAGCUGUAAGUCAGUGGUAGAACAUCUGAUACAGAAGACCAAGUUUCAAUCCCUGGCAUUUCCAAGUAGGUCUAGGAGAGGACCUUCUCUAGAGAUCCACUGCCAAUUAGUGUAGACAACACUGAGCUAGAUGAACGUACAGGGCAGCCUUGUACGUUCUUGCCAACCUCCUGGACCAGAUAUGUAUCUCCUGUAAUUGCUUCACUUAAGGAGAAAAUAAUCUCAUGUGGGAAGCAAGGGUAUUUAGAGUAAUUUUUUAAUUUUUCCACUCUUUUAAAUAAAUGCGGCCAGGAAACUGCUUCAAGACAGGUUCCUAUGAAUGUGUCACAAUCACACUAGGUUUGUGUAUCUGGUGAACUAAGUAAAGAAUGAAAGUUUGAAUAUCUCCCUUGAUUUGUUUUUAUUCAAUGGGUUAUUCUUUUUCUUUUAUAUGACCCAUAAGGGUUUAAUGCUUUGUAGCACACGCAAACACAUAACUAUGCUGCCAUUAAAUUAGUAUUGUGAAAUUUUAUUUGGCACAGACCUAUCCUAAGUGCUUUGAUCAAUCUAGCCAGCUCCAGUUUGGUGUAUGUGUCCAGAAUGUUUCUCAAUUUUUAUAAACAUAUACUGUGUCUCCAGGCACUUGUCUUCAAGAGACUACAUUAAUUAACCCACUAGUAUGAGCAAUUAAAGAAGCCUGACCCUUGGGCUUGUGCAUAAUAAUUUAAAGCUAAUUAAUGAUUCAUCAGUUGCUGAACACUGAAGAACUAGAAGACACAGCAGAAAUAGGUGUUCCUAAUGAUGCUGUUGUUAUUGAUAUCCGUGAACAAAUUAAAAGGAACCAAAGGGGGUUCACUUAUCAAUGGGCAAGCAGGUUGCUACACAAUUAUAUCUCUCAACCAGUGUGUUACAACUUGUGGUUGGUUUGGAAUGAGACAAACCACAAACCUAGGUUUGCAUAUAAUGCUAAGCCAAACCAUGGCUUAGCUCCUGAUGAUGUGGAAGAAGCAGCUCUGAGGGAGAAGAAAAGUGGCCAUAAUUUUCUAAAUGCAAACCAGGACAUUUAUUCAUUUAUACUAGGCCAUUAGUGUUACAUGUGAACUAGGCCAUUAUGUCAUUGAGAAGCAAUUCAAGAUGCUGUAAGUCAGCCUGGGAGAGCUAUGGCCCCCAAGGGUAGCAUCUAUAUUAUUUUAUGAAUGAAGUUUGAGUCCCAACAUUAAUUUUGGCUUGCUUCUUCUUCUUGGACAGUUCUUACUUGACAACAGAGAACUAUGUGGGGGGCCUCACAGCCAAAAAACUGAUUUAAAAAAAUCUACCUCAUUGGUAUUAUUGAUACCUGUUAUUUUAAAUGCAUUCUGCAUAGCCCAAUUGCUUUCAUGAUAUAUCUACAUGGUGCUGUUGCAAUUCCUGUUGUUGACAUUUUGUUUACCCUUUUGUGGCCAAGGUAAUGACAUUUGAACAGUGGAUUCCACCUCAAAACCAUGUCCCAAGUGCAUCCAGUGAUACAGUAAGAGAGAUUCCACAAUUUAUAUUCCUUUUUCGUUUUGGCUGAAUUAUACAUUGGCUGCAGUGUUUUGAAAAGCCUUCUUCGGCUUUUCAACAUUAUAGAAGCAAAACCUUUUAGACCUAUGUCUUUGUGCCCUCACACUGAUUUGCCAGCCAGAGUUGAGUGUGCCUCAAUAGUAUGUGUGCCUGUGGAGAUUUUAGGAGAUCAGGUUGCCCCCAUUUCGCCUUAUCUACAAGGACUCUGAUAAGAAAAAAGUUUAGUAAAAAUUUGUGCUAGUUGAAUGCUGAUCAAUGUAGCUAACUGGUAGCAUCAGGACAACUAAGAUAAUGCAGUGUUAGAUUAUGGAGAGAAAGAUGGAGAGCUGAAUUAAGCCUAGAAGCCCCAUACCUGACACUCCCCAAUUUUGACCAAAACACAGCCCUGCACCCUUCUAGAUGAAUGAAGAACCAGGCAGAAAAUCAGGCAGAGGGCCUUCUCAGUAGUGGUGCCUGUACUGUGGAACACCCUUCCAUCAGAUGUCAAGGAAAUAAACAACUAUCCGACUUUUAGAAGACAUGUGAAGGCAGCCCUGUUUAGGGAAGUUUUAAUGUUUAAUGUUUUAUUAUGAUUUUAAUAUUCUGUUGGGAGCUGCCCAGAGUGGCUGGGGAAACCCAGUCAGACAGACGGGGUAUAAAUAUAUUAUUAUUAUUAUUAUUAUUAUUAUUAUUAUUAUUAUUAUGGCAGCACAGGGGCUGCCAUGAAAGAUCAGUAUGCCCCAUUUGCUUCCCUGUACUUCUCUCCACUAAGGUGAAGUACAAACAAUGAAGUCUUAAAGUAUAUUCUCCAUAACUGUGUGCUUUCUGGCACUAUUCAGGUUAGGAAUAUAGAAAGGGGCCUUAUUCCAGACCACACUAUCUGCCUUUCUGGCUCAAGACUGACCAGCAGCUCUUCCAAAUCUCAGACCAUGAGUAAAUGAUAUCCGUAUGGGUUUAGCAUAGAUCAUAUAUUGUAUGAUUGUGACCCAUUCAUAUAGGCACAUGCUUGAGUGACUCAAAAGAAAGACAGGAAUAGGUUUAUUUGUCCCAGAUAUAAAUAUACUUAAUUUUUAUUCAUUCAUUUUCAUAUGCAACCUCCCUCCUUCCUGUUCAAGUAGUUGAUAUUUCCCCUACCCCCACAUAGCAGUGUGAUGCUCUGAAACUGUUUCAGAUCCUGUUUCUGAUAAGUUGCUGUGGUCAUGAAGCCCCAGAACAUUUGGUGCUUAUCCUUAAUCAAAGCAAAAAAGAAAACUCCAAAGCUUUCAUUACCACAGUUUGCAUCAGUAAAAUAUAACUACUGCAUUUAUUGUUCUGCUUACAUGACUUUUGCUAACAUAAAACUCUCCCCCUCUCCACAGUAACUGCUUUUAAAACAAAGAGGAUUACACUUCAUCCAUUAGCAAAAUUGUUUGAGUAGAUUAUAUUCCCAUUUUACUUUGAGAUGCUCAACCAUCCACCCCUCAAAUAAAAUACAAGUUCAGACCUCGGUUAUUCUCAGUUAAUAAUUAGAGUUGGACACGUUGCCUGCUAAACAAUCCGCUUGACUUGGGUAGGUUUGCUUCUGGCUAAAAUGCGAUGAUUUCUGUGUUGUCAGCUAAGAAGCCAUUUCACUGAUAAUUAUCCCCAUUGCUUUUUGGUGGAGUGGUACCCACCAAAGUACUGCACAGUGGCUUGAAUCUAUUUGCUGCAUGAACAGAUGGAACAUCCAUUAAUGGCAGGACUCCAGCUGCUCAGGAAAGGACCCCUUCUGCAUUUAAGUCUCAUUCUGUGAAUGGAAUGGCAUUAUAAUCUCAAGCGUGUCUGACCCAACCAAGUGGCUUUGAUAUUUUAAAUGAACAUGCAACUUCCCCCAGAUGCAGACUUUUGCAUCUCUUGUUAAGAUGACUGUGAAUGAAAUUAGAUUUUCUAUUCCAAUUCCACACACUCAAACAUAACUUGAGUUGCGUCAACAUGCACCAGCUGAGGAUGGCAUCAAAUAAAAUUAAAUCCAAUGCAAAACUAUAGACUGCUUUUUAUCUUUCAAAUAGAGUUCUGAUGAAAAGUUCUCAGAUAUGUAAAAUCAUUUUUAUAUUUCAGGGGGUCACGCUUGGUUCAGCAUAUUCAGUAAUGUUAUAUUGCAUCUCAGGAUCCUAUUAUUUUGUAAUCUCUUCUCCAUUAUAUUUUCCCUAUUCUACAAACCUGCCAGUUCCUCAUAUGAUUUGUGUACUCUGAAAUCUAUGGUUAGGUUGAAGAACCAUUUGUUUCAGAACUCUUCCAUUAGCUUACUCAAAAAUGUAGUGUAUUACAUAUUUAUUCUAGUAAAUUAUCAUAUUCCUAGCGUAAGGUACUCUGUGAAAAUACCCUUUACCAGCCUAGUAAUGGUAUUCCACACAUUUGUAACAGAAAUGUUGUUGUUGUUGUUUAGUCGUGUCCGACUCUUCGUGACCCCAUGGACCAGAGCAUGCCAGGCACAUGCCUGUUGUCUUUGUCCAUGGAGUUUUCUUGGCAGGGAUACUGGAGUGCUUGCUGGUUCCUACUCCAGGUAGAUCAUGUUUGGUCAAAACUCUCCACUAUGACCUGUCCGUCUUGGGUGGCCCUGCACGGCAUAGCUCAUAGCUUCUCUGAGUUAUUCAAGCCCCUUCGCUACAGCAAGGCAAUGAUCCAUGAAGGAGUGUAACAGAAAUACUAGUACUUAAAGGGACUACAAUCCAACGGUUGAUAAGCACAAAAUAGCUGCCAAAUGGAAACACGUUAGUUGCCCUAUAACCUGAGUUAUUGAAUCAUUAAAAAAAAACAGAAACAGAGAAUUCAUAAAAUACAAUCACAUGUAUACUUAAAAAAACACAAAAAAACCCAGCAGCCUAAACCUGGUUCCAGAGCACCGAAAUAACGUAACAGAGCAAAAACACAUCCAUCCUAACCACCAUAGAAACAGACUCCAAAGUGUAACGAUCAAUGUUUUAAGUAUUAAGGUAAAGUCAAGGGAGAAUAAAGAAGACUUUCCUUGAUGCCAGCAAAAUAUUAAUGAAUGUGCUAGGCAAGCUUUGCUGGGGAGAAUGUUCAAUAACUAGGAGGCCACCAUGAAAAAGGCCCUCUCCUUUCUUGCCCUCCCUCUGAACUUCAGGUUUAGGAGACACUCAUAGAAGGGUCUCUGUAGAUUACCUGAGGGUUCAGGGAAGGGUAUAUAUGAGAAAAGGCAAUACGUUAGAUACUGCUGGUCCCAAGCAGUGCAGGAUGUUAUAGCUUAAACCAAACAAUAUGAGUUGGACCUAGAAACAGCUUGGGAACAGACUUGGUGCACAAACUUCCUUCAUACCUUUUGAAGGAGUGAGUUUUAUGACAAUAGAGGAUGUGUUCACAUUACUGCUUACUGUGGCUCCAGUGUGCUCCUACCACUGUUUUUUAAAGCCAGGUUCACAUGACAUUAGCCACACUCCAUCUGCAUCCUGUAGCUUUUAGAAAAAUACUCCUCUUUGAUUAGCUUUUUCUCAAACCAGCUUUCCGUUGCGUGUGAACAGUUCAUGGUUCCAUCGUGGUGUGAACAGUUCAGGCUGCUUUUGUGCAUGUGCAAAUGAAAGCCUCGCUGACCUGCAGUUUGGUGCAUGCAAAUAAAUAACUGGUUGAAGAUAUUUCCAGUUCUACUCUGCUAUGAACAGCAGUGGAAAAAGCUACUUGAAAAUGCAGCAAGAGGAAAUGAUCUUGCAGUGUUUUAAGCCACUAAUGCAAACAUAACCACAAAAAAGAAAAAUUCACCUCACCAGUGUCAAACUGCUGCACCACAAAUGGUUUAGUGUAGCACUAAUGGCUAUGUGCCAAGUGGUUCUGUAUAACAGCCUUUACUAUCUGAAUUAUUGCAAAAACAGCUUGUCUGGUUUGGAUUUGAGAUCUAUUUGCAGGCAUAAACAGAGAACCAAUAGGACAUUCCCACCCAUUCUUUUUCCUAUUCUAUGGAAGAUAGGCCUACUGGUAGCAAAAAUCAAUAUAGCCAGUUCUGAACCAAUACACCUCUGGCCACCAAAUCCUAAGAACUCAAAAGUAGAGAAAUAGGCAUUGCCAUCAUACCUUGCUUCUGCACUGCUAUGUCUAGCAGCUGUCAAUAAGUAACAAUGAAUGAGUCUCACACGGCAUAGCACUUCUUAUGUUCUUAUAUACAGUGAAAUACUACAAGUUCCAUAAUCACAGCUAGUGCAUCCUUACAUAUUUUCCUUUCUUUUUCUUUCACAAAGAAAGAAGCUCACAAGUUACAGUAUAUACUUGUGGUAGAUUUAAUUAAUAUUUUUGUAGCAUCUUUGAGAACACUUCAGAGUCACUUUGUAGCUUGUAAAGAAAUUACACUGUAUUUCUUUGCUUCUUGGGAGAGAGGUUGCUAUUAAUUUUUGAAGGCCAAAGGCUGACUAUCUCCACCGUAACUUCUGUCUUCUUUCAAAGCCACAUACUGCUUGUAACCUGAGAAGAGGUAGUGCAGUCAAUCCAGGAACACUAUUAUUGAGGGAUCUUCAGACACAUGAGAAAGACUCCUGUCUGCUGCUAGUUAGUGUAGACAAUAUUUGAUUAGGUCAACUAGUAGUCGGAUGCAGUAGAAACUAUGAUGUUUGGAAAGCCAGGAAAAUGUGCAUAGAACAAAGACUCAUGGAAAUUCAACCUUUUCCAUGAGACUAUUUUUCAAGUUGUCCUUCAAGCAAUCAUGCCACUAUUGCAUCAGUCAGCUGGCUGAUUUAAUUAAUAUUUUUUGUAGCACCUUUGAGAACACCUCAGAGUCACUUUGGAGCUUGCAAAAAAAAAAAAAAUACACUGUAUUUCUUUGCUUCUUGGGAGAGAGGGAAACAAAAAUUUCAAUGUGUUUUGACCAUAUGUUUCUUUUCUACUCUAGGUUGCAGAAUCUGAUGAAAAUAAAGCUGAAACCGUGGGAACUUUAAAACGGUUGCAGAAAUUAGUGCAAACUAAGAAAGCCAGUAUACACAGUUUGGAUGACAUCAAACAUGUUUUGAUACCUCUCAGUAAGUAAAGGGACACCUUUUGAGUCUAUAUAUGCUUGCGCUUAUUUCAGUUUUCUAUGUAGGUUCAGAAAAUGAGUACCAAAGUAGGUAAAUUAUGCAGAAAAAUAUUAUUCCCUCAUUUAUUUAAAUUAAAUAUGUCCUGGGGAGACUAUAGUGUCUCCUGAGUAAGCUGAAAAAAUCUAUGAAUUGUGAGAUCAGUGGGAGGUUAGAGACUUCCUUGCUUCAACAGAAUGUCUGCAAACUGGUUCAGACAAUACCUCAAGAGUUAAUGCAGCUCAUCAUGUGAAACAUGCGCACUAUCCCCACCUCUGCUGGCUUCACUCACCCAUGUGGGGAUAGACCAUUCAAAUGUGGCCAUCUCUGCAUAAAAUCUUAGGUGCGUAGGUCAUAAUUGUGGGGUCGGUUUCCUAGAUCAACUCUUACAAAUAUCCUGUACUUUAUACCAAGUGUGUGUUAGUAGUUCCACAAGUUUGGUACAGAAUUGCCUGCAUCCCAAUAUUUCUAUGUAUCUUUGGGGAUGGGUGGGAAGAUAAAACACUGUUUCAAACCACAGUUUCAUUUAUUUAUUUUUAAACUUUUUAAAGAACCACCGCCACAAGAUGUAUAUGUCUCCGAAGAUGAGGAUGAAGCUCCAACAUCAUGUAUGAAAUUAAGCAAAUCCCAGGACAAGAAAGUAUUGAGAGAGAAUACAAGGCGAAAGGAUGAAGCUGAGACGAGAACAGGCCUUCUAUCAACUUCCUUGGGCAGAUCUUAUACUUCCAGACUAAGCAACUUAGGAAAUAUUUCCAUCCGUUCAGAAACUGAAUUUCAACUCUGGAGUGAUUGGAAACCUUUUCCUGAUAACCAGCUGUGCCCCUGUGAUUUCCUGAUUACAAGGAUAGAGGAGUGGGAAAAAUGUACUUGUUGCUCUCACCAGCCCCGUCUUACUUCCUCUCUCACGGACGUUGAUCUCCCAGAUUCAUGGGUAAGUUGCUCUCCUCCCAAAUAUUUAACUCAGCUAUAAAGACUUGUUGGGUUACGUCUGGCAGUUAUUCUAGUCUACCUGUGACAUGGCUGAAGCAUCCAAAAGAAUGGUGAUAGAAAAAUCCUGAAAGACAAAUCUGAUCCAAACCUGACGUUGCCUUUAUUCAUUCCCAUAACUGUCGUGACAGAUGAUCCCAGUCACCUGCUCAUUAUAGUCUUGUCAAAUUGUUAAGUAGUGCUAAUAUGUCUGUAGCAACUGUAGGUUUAUGAAGGUUAGGUUCUGAUGGUUCAGAAUUUGUUCUGGAGGACCUACCCUUGUCUCAAUUCAAAAUGGAUUCACACAUCAGAGAAGGUUUGGGGGGGGGAGAGAGGGAUUGAAAGGUUCAUAGAUUUCUCUCCUGGCUUGAAUUAUCAUCACAUGCAUUGAUAAUGCUGUGCAUAUACCCAUUAUCAUAUUGACCCUUAGGAAAUUGUUGUUAGUUUUAGCUACAUCCACAACAUAGCACUUGAAAUUCAACUAGAUCUGGAUGGGCAACAUUAACAAUGUUAAAUUUCUGCAAGAAAGAAUAAUAAGAAUUAAUUUACCACCAAACAAAAGUCUACUUGGUUAGAUAAUCUGGUCACAUUAUUCACAGCAAACAACAAACGCUUAGUCAGGGCAGAUGGCUUUGGGUACACACAUGACACAUGCAGAAUGUCAUUUUACAUUUUGAGACACAGGAUAACUUCUAGAGAGAAUAGUGUUCAAUUUUUGUUACACCUGAGCAUUAUGAGAUGGACAAAUUUGGAUUUUGAACUGGAUAUUAUUAUUGUUUUAUUAAUAAUAUUUAUUUGUUGUUGUUUUUUCAGAAAAAUGACUCAAACAUCAAUGUAAAAACAAACAUUAAAACUAAGUAUAAGAAUACAACUACAAAGCUCUUAGAUUUCAGUAUCAAAAGUGAAAUCUGUUUAUAUUUGUGUCAUUCCACCUUAGUAUUCAGAAUAAGGAGAUCAUAACAUCUAUUAAAGAGAAGUGGUUUUUGUCUCAGUAUUUUGAAGAAAACGACCUGUUAAAUCACUAUCCUUUCUCAUCCAGCAAAACCUUGCCUGUUGUGUGGGAUGUGUUAUUUGACUUCUUUCAAGGUUGGCACUUAAAAUACUCUUAAGAAUAUGGUUCCAUACUCUUGCUCCUGCUUCCUUCACUAAUCUAGCCUGACAACCAAUAUUACUUACUGUUCCAGGCCCUUUACACUCACAACCUGUUUUUCCACCUUAGAUUUUGCUAAGAGCUCACAUGUAUCUAAACCCAGACCGCCACAGAAGUUUAAUUCUUUAAGUAUAUUAAGCUUAGUUUUGCAUCCAUGUUUAAAUCAUACCAGCACUUGAAUAUGACACUGAUGCAAUUGGGCUGACUGACAGACAAAAGACAGCCACAGUUGUCUUUGGUAAGGUACAAGUACGGAAUAGGAACCGAAACAAAGAUAUUAAAAAUGUAGGGAAUAUAAAAAAUCCACUCCACUUCUCUUCCUGGUUCAAUUUUUUGCCAGCUUAAGCUCCCUUGCUUAAGCAAAUUUUACGUAAACAGGCCUGGUCAGACCAGGACAAUGAGAUUCUUUGCAAACUAGAAGACUGGCAUGCCCCACUUCACACUGAUGCCCAACACGUGAUACAGGCUUGGAGAACAUUGCUAUCUACAGCAAACUAUGAAAAUUGUACUUUAAAAAUAAAUGAAAAGUUUGAAUGUGCCACUCAAAUUGUAUAUGAGGCAAAAUAGUGGCAAUUCAGCAGUAUGACACUGACAUGAAGAAAUAAAUUCAGUUUGAACUGAUGGCCCUGGCAGAAAACAGCUUAUUGAUAGCGGACUCUGCUUUAGCAUUAAUCAGAAUACAUAUUUGUUGAUCUUGAUUUUAAUCAGAGAUAGAAAGACAGAUAACAUCACGUUUGCAGCUUGAAAGGUCAUCCACUACAUGCUGCUUGCUCUUGGAGCUGCUUUGUAAAACAAAGGUUUAGCAGACCUCACCCUAUGUGUCUGAAAUAUAGUCUGUUGAUAAUGUUGCAAAUCCUCUGACUAAAGUGUGUUCGGUUUUUCUUCUUGUCAACUCCAAAAUGGCUCUCCUUCUUUCAGCUUUGUACAGAUCUUUCUAAUUUAAAGCUUCAUUAGAAUGAAUUGGUAGCCCCAGCAUCUCCAGUUAACAUAGAAGGGCAGGGAAAGGCCUGUCUCACAUCUUACAUCUUGGAGAGCAAAUGCCAAUCCUCUAGUCUGACUUGGUAUGAGGCAGUGUGAGAUGUUCAGAUCAUACCAGUUUCUAUAGUACAAAAGGAAGCAAUGGAGCCUUUAGCUGAUUUUUUGACUUGGGAAAGGUGAAUGUAAUUACUUUGAUUAUGGUGCCCAUUCUUCCCCUUUUAAAGUCAUCAUUGUUAACUUCUCUGCUCUCUGAUAAUGAUGCAUUGUGGACACAUUUACACAUGAAUAUAUAUUACACGGUGAUGUCACUUGAUAACUUUCACCUGAACCAUCAGUGAACUGAGUCUGCUGUGAAGUUCUAUCCGUUAAAUGAUGUACAGUAAUUUGCAUAUUCUGUGUUGUGUGUCUGAUAAGCCUUCUCAUAUUUUCAACAUAUCAUUUAAUGUUAGUCAUUGAGAAGUAAGAACAUAGUUAUGGACUUGCCUUCAUGUUGUUUGCUAUGCUUAUGGCAUGUUAAUUAAUGAGAGCCAGUGUGGUGUAGUAGUUAGAGUGUCAGACUAGGACCUGGGAGACUAAGGUUCAAAUCCCCACUCCGCCAUGAAGCUCACUGGGUGACCUUGGGCCAGUCACCGCCCCUCAGCUGAACCUACCUCACAGAGUUGUUGUGGAGAUUAAAUGAUGAGGGAGAGAACUGUUGAACCCUUUAGAGGAAAUGAUGGAAUAUAAAUUGAACAAAUAAACAAAUCCUUGAGUGCUAGAAAGGUGAUUGGGAAGUUUGUUGAUGAAUCUGGUUAUCUGGAUACAUUUGAGUCAGUUUUGGCACCAAAUCAGCCUUGGUCAACCUGAUGAUUGGUAGAGGACAAGUGGAGUACCUGAUCUCUCAGUGGCUUUUGAUACUAUCAGCCAUGGUAGUUUCCUGCACAGGAUCUGUGAGAUGGGUGUCAGAGGCACUGUUUUACAGGAGUUAUGAUCCUACAUGCCCUGUCAGUUCCAAAGAGUGGCACUGGUGAAUGCUCAUUGGCCCCUUGGUGUUUGUGCUAUGGGGUGCAAAAGGAGACUGUUUUGUCCCUGGUGCUAUUUAACAUCUUUAUGAAGCAACUGGGAGCAAUCAUUAGGGGAUAUGGAGCAAAAUGCCAUCAGUGUGUUGAUGACGCACAGUUCUACUUAUCUGUAAUAUCAGAGGUAGAUUUAGGGGAGUGCGACUGGUUUGGCUGCAUCAAACAUGGAGCCUUGGGGGCACUGCAGGGGGUGACACAGCCAUGAUGUAGAAUGGAGGGUGAGAGGCGGCGGGCACCAAAUUUUGGUGCCACACAGGGCACUGCUGAAAUUUGAGACCCCCAUGGUCCGCCACUAGUAACAUCUUGAAUAGGACUGGGUGUGCAGACUCUGGACUAGUGUCUUGCCAAUGCUGUGGACUGGACAAGGACUAAUAAACUGAGUUUAAAUGCUGGUAAGCAUAGGGGCCACCUCCUAGGGGCUGAGAUCCCUUUGGCCACCCCCACCCCUCAGUUGAUGGGGAUUGCCAUUCAAAUGAUGUGUGUGCACCACAUCUUGACAUUGAUUAUGUGAGGUGGGCCUUACCUGCCCCCCCCCCAUAUUUUAUUCAAGCUGGUACCCCUACUGACAAUAUAGAGGCCCUGUGGGGCCUUAUGUUUGAGAGACAGGUCAGGUAUCUCCUUUUCUUCUGCCAGUGGGGAGCUUUUGUGCCUUCUAUGAGUAGAAGGAGGCCUUCAUUUGUGAAACAGUCAAUCUUGAUCCAACCCAUCCAGUUUUAUAAUAAACCUACUAAAAGUCCCAUUGGCAGCUAAUUUCUUUAUCUAUGAUGCAUCACUUGUAAAUGCUAAUGGGCUACAGAAAAUGGAAGAGAUCCAUUUUACCUUGAAUAUAUGUUCUGAUCUUACACACUGAGUUUUCACUACUAUUAACUACAGUAUGUUUUUAUAAUAUGGUCAGUCAUAUGCAUGAACAACCCUGCAUGUAACAUUAUCAAAUGUGAUGUUCCAGGUAUUACUAUCAAGUCAUUUCUUACAUGGGAUUGCAGGAAUUUUGUAACCUGUAACAUACACAACUAAUUGUGGUUUACUAAAAAGGACUGAUCUGAGGUAUUCAGGUGCCAUUUAUAACCAUCCCUAAUAGUGUGUGUGUGUUUCACAUGCUCUCUGUUCACCUGUCCCUCUUUAUGAUCAAUGUUGUGCAAUGCAUUCUUCAUAUUAGACCAUUUGAAAAUUAAAAAGAUAAAACUCUCAGACUACAUUAACUUUCCAGGCAUUAAAAUUCAUUCAAGAUUCGAGCUUAACUCAAUUAUGUGCUUGUAAUGUUACGAGUGUCAGUCUUUUGCUCUGUUUGGUAUUUUCAACAACUAGUGCAGAGGUCAAACUUUCAAGGACAAGGAGAUAAUCAGGUCAGCCUUCAACCUGCUGUAAUUUUUCUGAUGCAUGGAGAGAGGAAAUAGAUAUGGGUGGGCACUAUAUCUCCUGAAAUGGCCUCUUUCUACCCGUUUAACGAUAAAUAUUCUAGCAAAGGGAAGCUCAUAUAUUACUCUACAUAUGAAUUCUCUUUUUAUUAAUCACACAGAUUUUAACAGUAGGCAGAAAAGGAAUUAAUGUUUGAAUUAUCAAGGUGGUUUGAUUCCCUCCUAAAGGUUUAUUUGGUGCUUUAAAGGUUGGAACAAUGGCCAAGAGUAUAACAAAUGAAUUUAUAAUUGCAUGAACUUGGGUUCAAUGUGCAUUUCCAAAUGAUAUGAUAAAUGCAUUAUUAGGUGUGUUGUGUUCUUGUUGCAUUUAUUCUCCAAUAGUUUCAUGUGAGUUUGGUCAGGUCUAUGAUGGCAUUUCAGCUGCCAUUACCAGACAUAUGAGGAUGAGAGAUAUUUUACCCUUCCAACAAUUUUAUUAUUGACUCUAUUGCAAGAAUACAAGAUAGAUUUAAGCAUGUGAAACUACUCAAAAUCUCAUGAAAAAAUUGAUGAGAGAGUGAAACCUGAACAUGAAUUUCUGAAAUGCUAGAAUGGCUUUUAAUAAAUAUAGGGUCUAAUCCAUAGGGAGCUUCUCCUACAAUACUGUAUCAAAAUUAAUGGACUCAUGAUUUAGCUCCUGCCCUGCAUAGACCAAAAGAAGGCUGGAUUGUGCCCAUAAAUGCACUUUUCUUAUUCAAUUGUUUAGAAGGUUUAAAAGAAAAUAGUUAUGAGGAUACCUUAUAAAUACUCAUCAUGUUUGUAAUCUUUCUUUGUUAGCUAGUCAACCCAAUUUGAUCAACCCAUCCUGACAUGAUAUUGCCUCCUCAGAUUUGCAUAAAUAUAUACAGUGACCAGAAUAACAAAAUUAAAUGAUAACUCAUCUGAAGGGUAAUAUAUAAGCUUCAAGCUUUCUUUCUCCGGAAUAUUUAUUGUUAACUCCAGAAAGACAGAGGCCAUUUCAAAAGAUAUAGUACUUAUCCAUUAUUUCUUAUUCAUGCAUCAAAUUUUACAAGGGCGGAGGGAGAGGGUAUAUAAUUGAAGGUUAAAAUAUUAUCUUAGCAACUGUUGAUAUGUGUUUGGGUCUUUUGACAAAGUUUUGAUUUGUUUUUAAUCCAUGAAGCACUGUGCUAAGAGCUGAGCAGUACACCACACACACACACACACACACACACACACACAAACACACACAAACACACACACCUUACUGGUUUCAUAUAUAAGACUAUAGAGAUAUAAUCUAGGAGGGCGCAAUGACCACAAGAGUAGGUUCACACUCCUGUUUGGUGUUUUGGAAAGUGGCCCAUUUUAGUUUGUGCUGCUUUGCCUUAGAUUGAUUUGUUGUUGUUGUUUAGUCGUGUCCAACUCUUCGUGACCCCAUGGACCAGAGCACGCCAGGCACUCCUGUCUUCCACUGCCUCCCGCAGUUUGGUCAGACGUCCCGCAGUUUGGUCAGACAGUUUGAUAUCAGCACCUUAAUUGAUAUCAGCACCUUAAUUUUGAAAAUCUGAAGCUCUGUGCCGCUUUAUUGACUUGCAUCAACAAAUGACUAUAGCUCUGUCUCUCAUACACACUUUUUUUUGACAGAAGUGAAUGAAAUUUGUAGGUAUAGCAGGCCCUUCUAUAUAAAGUCUUCCAAAACUCCAGACAAAUAGGUCCAAGUUAUAUUUUUGUUGUUUGGUGCUGGCUGAUGUUGAAGUUUAACCUUUUUAAAAAAGAGAGAAAAUCCUCUAUGACUGUUUAAAUUCCAUGUUAGUUCUACUGGAUCCAACUUUUACUCAAAUAACUUGUAAAACUGAGGAAUGUGCAUGCACACAUGCAUGUUUUUUCUCUAUUUGGGGAGGAGAGAUUAGCAGGAAAAUAGGCAACAAGUGUGGGUGGUGCCCACGGUACUCUCAGAAUUCCAAAUGGGUCCCAAAAGACCACUAUGCUAUUCUGUAUAAGCUAAAAUGCACCACUUUCCAAAACAAAAAACAUCCUUGUGGUCAUUGCACCCUCCUAGAUUUUAUAUCUCUAGAGUCUUAUAUAUAAACCAGUGAGGUAGGGGUGUGUGUUUAUUACUCUAAAAACCAGUUGGCUAGAAGUACCAGGAGUAAAGCUGAUUUUCAUCUCGUUGAUAUCAAAUGAUCUAAACUACUUCACACCAAGUGUAGGCUGCUAAUAACAAAUAUGAUUCCAUUUCUGGCCAGGAUGACAACCUAGGGAGGAUUUUGUUUUUUAGGGAUAAGAUUGUUUGGCACAUUUAGAUGUUUUUUGUAGGAAUAUGCCCUGGAGCAAUGGUUGCAAAAGAGUCAUGAGCCUAGCUUCCUAUGCACUUCUGAAAACCUACUCUAAAGAAAACAUGUAAGAAUAUAAGAAGAGCCCUGCUGGAUCAGACCAAGGUCAUCUAUCAAACAAAAGUAGUUCCUCUAGUGCAGUUCCUCUGUUGCCCACGGUGGCCAACCAGAUGUUCCUGGGAAUUGCACAAGGAGGCAAUAGCAGUCUCUGCUUGUUUCCCUGCAACUGGUAAUGCUGCAGGAGAAUGGAUAUAAAUUGUUUGUUACCCACCCUCAUUAGAACAUCACAUACUAGGCAGUGUUUGUUCUUUUACACUUCAGCUCACUAUAUUUUUAAUUUGUUUUGAGAGGGAUGUGCCAGAAGAUCAUGGUUGCUGUGGUGCUUCCUAGUAUGGUUGUAACACUGAAAGAAGAGAAUAAUAAUAAUCCUGCUGUUUGGGAUGUUAUAAAUUGUUGACAAAGCUAUAGAAGACUGCAGGGGGUUGAGCAUCCCUGACUUGUUCACCCUUCCACACAAGGCUGCUAGUAUGGAAACAGUGCAUCAAGCAUCGUUUCUGUAGAAGCUGCCGUGAAAGAAAUGUGGGGAAGAAGCUGAAGGAGCAGCGCUUGCUGAGUUAUACCCAGAGCCUCUCUCUCUCUUUCUUCUUCUCAUUUUGUCUUCCUUCCUCUAUCUUCAGUAUUUCAACCAGUCCUAGCAGAAAGCUGAGUGAAGUCACAUCCUUAGCAGAAUAAGGAAGUCUUAUUUUGCUGAUUUGAGCUCUGUGUAUCAUUCACACUGCUGCACUUUGGCUGAGCAAAUCGAGCAACUCUGCCUUAUAAUGGUAUUUUGAUUCAAUCUGAAUGUUAAGAUGUUGAAGAGAAAACCUUCGAAUGCUUCAGAUAAGGAAAAAACUCAAAAGCCAAAGGUAAGAGAAUUUAGCAUUUAAGAAGGAAUUACAUUUAGAUGGAAAAACCCAAGCUGUGGUGCUCAAAAUAAUCUGUUAUAUAGUACCAAAUUACAAGUUUUUGAUAUUCACAGCCCAGAGUUCACUGGGACUGAGGGCAGCUGGACAAUGUUCAUUUCUGGAGGGGGGUGGGUGGGUUUUUUUUUUUUUUUUGGUGAGGGUAAUUUCACACAAACAGGCCCUCCCAUGAAAAUGAGGUGGCAAAGACCCUCUCUUCCAGGAGUAGAUGUUACAGGUUUCAGACCUAAGUACCAAGCAAGCAGAGGUGUCCUUGAAAUCGUCUUCAACAUGCUGCCCUGAGUAAUUCCCAGAUUUAGGUAAGCAAAUUCAAAAUGAGAAUUUUACAAAGGUCCCACUUAAAAGAGAAGGCCACCACCCUCAGAGGGAGUUGCACAAGUCCAAGUCUUGGUAACUGUAUGCAGCCCUCAUUCCCAGUCCAGUGAGGGACCUUGAUUCUAAGUUAUUUUUAGUUUAAAAAUAUGAAAGUAGCUCCUUCAGAAGUGUCAUCGCCACAGUUCUACUUCUUUAAUUGUGAAAUGACCCUACAGGGGUCUUAGGACUAGUACUGACAAAAAGUAAUGGGCAUUUUAUCCACAAGGAUGUGUGCUCAGUUACAUGACUGUGUUCAGAAACUUUGUAAAUUGCUGUGUGAGGAAGUUGUCUGGGAACUAGCCAUGGCUUAGACAGGAGUAUCACUAUGAUUCCAUAAUUGUUGCAGAUGCUUGUUUCUGUGAACCAAUAAUUUUGUUUUUCUAUCUUUAGUGAACUUUUUAGUUUAACAGUCAGUUGUACUUUGCUGCAAGUGUUUUUAUAGUAAAGCCUAACAAUGGCAGAAUGUGAAUGCAUUUUAUUUGAAGUAGCAGACGUUUGUUAUUUUGGUACCCCUUUGCCUUCAGGUAUAAUAUAAUUGAUCCCUCGAGAAUGUUUAUUGUUCAGUUCUUCAUUGUUUUGGCUGCCUGUGUUUUACAUUUACAUUCAGAGGCAAAGAUAACAUAUAGAAAGAUAUAUACAGAUAUACCGUUAUAGCUAAGACAUUGAAUGCAUACAUUUUAAUUCUAAGUCGAAAUUCCAAUCCCACUGAUGUCAGAGUUGGACAUGGUAGAGUUAGAUUUUUCCCAUAGGAACAUAAAUAGCAAACUUUGGAUAUUUUGUUCCCAGGUUAGGACAUUCAAGUAGCAAAGAGGAGCAGAGGAGAGUCUUGCCAAGAGCACAAGACAACCAAAUUAUUAUUUUCUGCCCUUGCAUUUUUAUUUCUCUUCCCUCCCUUUAUUUUUGGCAAAAAAAAUUGCUGCAUUAGUGUGAAAUCAUUACUUGUGAAAGGAAUUGGGGAGGGGGAAUAUUUUGGGUUCAAAAUGAAUUUUCACAGUUAGAUCCACUUUUUCCAUUUUUUGGUAAUUUAUUUUUGAUGGCCUUUAUAUCUAGCAUAAAAAUAUUACUGGUACAUCUGUUCUGACGACUGGAUUGAAUAAUACAGAUUUUCAUUUUUGAAAAAAACAAAGGGUUUUGGUUGGGUCAACAAGAUAUUGUUUAUGGAUGGAUUCAUAUUUUUUCCUAUCUGGUACUCUAAGCUUUCUGUGACUGUUAUUGUGUGUAUGUGAAUUGUAGGUGUUUGUAUAAAAAUGUUAAUGUUUUAUAUGAAUUUCAGAUGGUAUAAUGUAUUUAGUUUCCAUUUUUAAAAACACAGUUCACUUGGAAAUCUUUAAGGUAUCAAGUGACUAAUAAAUCUUAUUACAAAUAAGAGUAUAAGACAAGGUGCUGAUAUUACAGCUGUAAUCUGCUGUAUUGCUGUAAAUAUUUUAAUUAAUUUCAAGUGGUUCAGUGAGUAAAAUUUUUCGACACACAUAAAACCUUUAAGUUCAUGCAGUAAGUAUGAACUUCCUGAGCUUCCUAAGACUGAUCCUCUGAUGAUAAAGGGAUUUUCCCAGAUUGAAUUACACUUUCUGCCACUUUCUGGGGAAAGAAUGGAUGAACUUGUACUAUCAACAGUAAUCUUGAACAAGUCAAUAUUUUCUGGGAAGAUAGAAUCGAUAACACAAUCCUCUUUUCACUGAUUUAAAAGCUGAUUAGGAUUGUAAUAAAAUGGAUGAAUUAAUAAUUGGCAUAAAUAAGUUAUUUAAUCUUAUAUGUUUAAUGAUGGGCAAUGGCCACCAUUGGGCAGUUGCUGAGCCAACAGCACUCCAGCUGUUUCUCCUGAGGCCCCUGACUAUUCCUGUCAGUUGGCAAUCAGAACUAUGUGUACCACCUUCUAACUAGAUCUGCUGACCUUGGGCACCCUGAAAGACAGUAUCCCAUUGUCAAUGUUGAAAUAAGAUUCAACUGCCAGCCUGGUUGGAUUCUAUGGAUGGAAAGGGGGAAGGGAUGUGAUCUCGUCUUUUGCCUCAGGUAGCUGACUCUGAUGGUUGCUAAGCAAGGAGGUAUGAUCACACUACUGGAGAGACUUUCUCUCCUUCAACUUUGUUUAUUUUAGAUUAAUACUGUAAACUAUCAUACAAAUGUUUUUAUGUAGAAGGUAGUGGUAUGAAUUGAUUUUUAUAAAAACACAUUUUCCCACACUUGGUGAAUGGAAUUGCAAUAGUAAACCAGCCCCUACCCCCGCCCCGCCCCAAUGCCUCACCUUAAAAAUAUAUACCUUUAUUCUUUAGUGGCUUUCACAGUCUCCAGUAAACUUCACCAAACAGUUGCCCAUCAUCGGGGGCGGAGUUGCGUUUGAAACAGCUCCAUUCUACAGCUAUAAUGUAUUGACCCCUUGCAGAGGGCUGAUAGGUCCAGAAAUUAAAUCUGGCCCCUGACGGCCACAACAUUCAGUGAGAAAGAAAAUAUUGUCAUGGACGCAUUGCUUCUUAAGCCUUUCUGCAGGCUGGGGAAAGAUGGUAAUUUUAAAAAGCCUUACAUGGCUCCUUUGAGAGGAGACAUGCCUCCAGACACUUCAGAAGUACAUAGUAUUGCCACACUUUCACAAUCAUUCCGUCAUCUAGAGUGGCUGUGUUCUGCGUUAUGACUGCUCAUUGAAAGUCUCUAGAUGACUGGCUUUCUACAAGUUUAGAACUACUAUGUGCAACACUAAAUGGCCACUCCUCAGCAUAUUCCCCCUUCUAGUGAACCACCACUGUGGCUCACCAAUGUUUGUACCCACCACCACCCAUUUUCUCUACAAUAUUUUACUGAUACCUUUUUAUUAUCUUAAUCAAUUUAAUUUCAUGGGAAGGAAAUGACGAAAUAAAUGACGAAUGUACCACAGGGUAGUACAUUUAUCUGUUAUUUUGAUAUGAUAUAUAUUUUGAUAAUGUUUAAUGCAAUGGGGACGCGGGUGGCGCUGUGGGUAAAACCUCAGUGCCUAGGACUUGCUGAUCGUAAGGUCGGCGGUUCGAAUCCCCGCGGCGGGGUGAGCUCCCGUCGUUCAGUCCCAGCUCCUGCCCACCUAGCAGUUCAAAAGCACCCCUAAGUGCAAGUAGAUAAAUAGGGACCGCUUUAUAGCGGGAAGGUAAACGGCGUUUCCGUGUGCUGCGCUGGUGCUGGCUCGCCAUAGCAGCUUCGUCACGCUGGCCACGUGACCCGGAAGUGUCUUCGGACAGCGUUGGCUCCCGGCCUCUUGAGCGAGAUGAGCGCGCAACCCUAGAGUCGGUCACGACUGGCCCGUACGGGGGGGGGGGGGGGUACCUUUAAUGCAAAAGCAUAGUGGUGCUAAGCCAGUGUGUCUUCCACACAUUUUAUACUGAUUUUCACUAUGUGUUUAAAAGUAGGGAACAGUGGGGAAAACCUAACUAAAAUCAAUUCUGCAUUCGUCAUACUGAAUUUUGCAAUUCCCCUCUAAAGAAGAUUGUUACCAAACUAACCAUAUGGUUGGGAAACAUUUAAAACAUGCACCUAUAGUUGCAAAGGAACUGGCAGGAUUUCACAAUGAACUUCCUUGCGUGCCUUCCUGGAUGGUCAGGCAUUGCAUUCUACAAAAACUAGUAACAGUCAUGCUUAGUAUUUUCAAUAUUUAUCUAGCAACCAUUUAUUUUUCUUUUAAAAUGAGCUUCAGUAUAAACGAGAAUCCCCUAUUCACUUCAGUGGGUAAACUGAGCAGCUACACACAGAUACUCAGUGUCUCUCAGAGAUGCAUUUUUUAGGUCAGCAUACACACACUAUCAUCUACAUAUUGCUGGUAUAGCAUGUUUUUGGUGUUCUGAAAGCACCUUUCUGUAGAACAGUUAUAAGCCAUCUUACAUCUUACAUUUCCUUGUGUGGAAAGUAAGAAUGCCAUAUGGGAACCUCCUCUUGGGGAGAGUUUUGUGACAUUGUUGGACUGCACUUGUGUAGAUACUCCCCCACAUCCUUCCAUGAAGAUAUUAACCUGAGAGGUACCUGAGCCAUUUGGUGUUGGGAUUACUUUGAAGAUAAUCAAUUGGUUUUGUAAAAAAAUCCCCAAGUAUAUUGGUAUAUUUUAGUCUUCAGAGAAUUGCAUAGGCUUCACUAAUGUUUUGCUAUUUGAAAGGAGGGGGCGGAAACAGCCUCCAUUAAGUGUUUAUGCUCUUUAAAAGGACAGAUGGAAACAGCCACCAUUAACUCUUUCUCAUCUGCACACAAACACAAUUGCGAAGGGGCUGGCUUCUGCCAUGGUAUUUAUUGUGUGGUGUUGCUUUUUAAGUAAUCACUCCAGUUUAUCGAAACUUCAAUCAACUUAGUGUUGUAACCACUAAAAACUUUUCCACCAAGAGCCAUUUAUCUGAUGCUUAUGGUAGCAGUUUGAUAGAUAUGAAGUGCAUCCGUUUUGUGCAUUGCCCUUGGACAAAACACAGCUGUAUGGUGAUAUUUUAAAAACCACCAUGACUCUAAUGGAAUUAACUGGUAUAAAAGGGAACAGAUAUAUUGGAAGCCUGAAGUGCCAGAGGGUCUAUGAAGUGCCUUUUUUUUUUUUUUUUUUUUGCAUUCCUUGUUGAACAAAUCAAACUGUGUGAUGUUCCAGGCCUGUCUGGUGCUAGGGCAGGAACACUCUGAGCACAAUGCCAAAAGUAAAAAAGAUACGUAGUUGCUUGUGUGGCACAACUGAAGGAAGCCUCUGGGCAAACACUGAGUGCAGUAUAACUGUAUGUGUAGCCUGUGUUACUGGACUUUUGGCAUCUCAAUAAACCUAUAAGCAUUUUUCAUAGAGUACAGUGUGCAUUGAACAGGGAGGGAGCAAAGAAAUUGAUGUGCUAGAGGGUCUAUGACCUCUGCGUGGCAACUGCUCAUGUUGUCUGCACAGCAUGCAGGUGUGGACACCUGCAAAACAAUGUCUGCAAAAGCGCUUUUAGAAAAAACCUCAAACUGCAGGGCUUACAGGCUAAUGUGCACACAGAGACACACUUCACACAGUAGCAUGUAAAGAGCUGCUCCCUUCAUUCCUAAAAGCAGGGAAGUGGUAGCCGGUGGAGAAUUCUAUUCUCCUACAAAUGGAAAAAGCUGCUUGAUGAGGAUGAAUGAGUUUAACUUUGUCCAGGAAUGGAUGGAGGAUGGGGCACAACCACAAUCAAAAUUGCUGGAAUCUAAGGGCUGAUUUACUUGAUUUUUGUACAUUUCAGUUUCAGACAGGAUCCUGAUUGCAUAAACUGACUCAAAAACUGUAUUUUAAGUUCUAUCCAUGGUGACUCAUUCACACGUGCAGGUCAUUACUUCCUGUUGCAGUUCUCAAAUCAUGAGCAUAUGCUAGUGAACAAAGUUUUAAGUGCAUUGCAACUCUGUGGGUUAAACCACAAAGCCUAGGACUUGCAGAUCAGAAGGUCGCGGCUUGAAUCCCCACAACGGGGUGAGCUCCCAUUGCUCGGUCCUUGCUCCUGCCAACCUAGCAGUUCGAAAGCACAUCAAAGUGCAAAUAAAUAAAUAGGUACCACUCCGGCGGGAAGGUAAACGGCGUCUCCUUGCGUUGCUCUGGUUCGCCAGAAGCGGCUUAGUCAUGCUGGCCACAUAACCCGGAAGCUGUACACUGGCUCACUCGGCCAAUAAAGUGAGAUGAGCGCCACAACCCCAGAGUUGGCCACGACUGGACCUAAUGGUCAGGGGUCCCUUUACCUUUACCUUUACUGCCUAACUGCCCCAUUUUUACCAGGACAUUCCUGGAAUUACAGAAGCUGCAGAGCACCUUGGGUGGCUGACCGCUGCCACCUACCACAACAUGCACGAAAAAGGGCCGCAGCUUCGUUAUGUACAGUGCCACUUCUAGAAGUAAAUCAGUGUGUGGUGGUGGCGGUGAGCCCCUGGGCACACAGCUGAGUGGUGGUGCAGUGUGGCAUGCAGUAGUGGGCAUGCGCACACACAAGCCACUAAGGUGGCGUAUGUGCAAGCGGUGGCGCGAUGGGGGGCGGGCUAGCAGACAAGCAGUGGCGGCAGUGGGAUGGGGGGGUACAAACCAGCAACUGGUGGUGGCGGUGGGAUGGUGUGGGGGAGCAUGCAAGUCAGCAAGCAGCAACAGGAAGUUAGUGCAGCGAAAGGGGGAGAAUGUCCCAAUUUUUUCUUAGGAGGUGGUGGAGCAAUUCAGUGGUUUGUUAUUUUAUUUUUAAAAAUGAAACAAAAUUGUGCUUAUGGAUCAGAUAGAUUCUUCAUAAAUUUCCUAUGUUGUUCUCCUGUUUAACCGUGGAUACAAUGAAUUCCAAAAUAGCAGAUACAAAAAUAAAAGUUACUGUCAUGCCAAACAUUCAUUAUUCAAAAUAUAAUUGUGGGUUUUAAAGACCAAGAUAUGCAACGUGGAGACUAUAUACCAUUAAUGAAUAUUAACCAGGGUUAAGCUUUCUAAUGUUAUUUCAAAGGCAUUUAGGAGAUUCAGAUUUAAAACAGAAAAGUUUAGAUUUCAUAAAGAAAUUGAGCCCAUAAUUAAUCAGCUACUCAUAUCAUUGUAGCUGGUUUCUACAACCUAUUUGGCAGUCACAUUCCUCCCCCCCCCCCAUUUGCAUUUAUUCCUACAAUAAUGAGAGGUGAUGAGCUGAUGAUAAAGCUACAUUUUUCUGGCUUCCAACUGUGUAAAUUUAUGCUUAGAGGCAGAGAUGGCACAUAGGUCUGUCAUCAAAGGUCUUUAGUACAAUCCUCCAAGAAGACUGUCAAGGUAUUUGCAAGUUCUGCAAAACAGCCACAAACAGAUAACAUCUGGGUAUGAUGAUUUUUGCUGGAAAUACCUGUAAGCAUUAUCGGAUGACACCCACAUGCAUAGAAACUUGUCUUCAUAUUCAGUUAAAAAAAGAACUUCGGGUGACAUUACAGAUAAGGUUUUCCUGUUUCCUGCAGGCCUUGUAAAUUAAACUGGGUCAGAGCUAACAUCGGCUGCUUCAUCAUCACACAAGUGUGUGUGGGGGGGUGUCCAUUAGUCAAAGUUUCUGCAGCCAACAAUACUACUUAUUUUCUUGUAUUCUGUGUAGACAGUUGAGCCAAAACAAUCCCCUAGAAAACUUUGUUUACCGUGGUAGCUCCUAUUUAUUUCAGUGAGGCCUGCAGAGGAUAGCUUCUUAAUGGUUUCCUGUUCAUGAUUGCUUGUUGAUGUUUUUAAUUUUUUAAUUUUUUCACUGAGAUGUUCCUUGUUUUAAAUUUACAUGUUUCUUCAGUUGUGUUCAUAUAUCAUAACAUUCUCAUUUUAAGAUUUAUUUAUUUAUUUAACACUAAAGACGAUUUCAGAAGUUGUAAUACAGGUGACAAAAGACAAUUUUAAAUCAUGUUAAAAUAUAUUGUUGUGAUGGUAGUUUAGGUCCAGUUAGCUAAUAUGUCACCCUGUGAUUGUAGAGAUUCAAAAUCAUAAUGAAUUGUGCCAUCAUCAGUUCCACUAUUAUAUUCCCAAAAGGUGAAUGGGAUUUUAAGGUUCAUUUUGGUUUUCGUGUUGCAUUUCCAGAGCUCGCUGUCCCCCAUCUAAGAUUGUGCUACAUGUAUGUCAGGCAUCAUUUUUUUAAAAAAAUAAGUGCAGCAAGAGGAUGUGGUUGAAGGUUUUUUUAAUGGUGACAGAAAACUUCCAGUAAUCCAAACCAGAUGGUUCUAAUCUACUAACCUCAUUUUUUAAAAUAAAUAAAAAUGAUUAUGAUACUCAGACAGAAUUUACCCUAUUCUGCAUGGCAGAUUUUUCUGAGGGUUGCUGCACUAGAUCACUGUACAUAAUGUGAAUGUGUGUGAGCUUAAUUAGAUAAAAUAUCUGCUUAUCUAAUUUGAAAAAUAUCUGAGAUUCAGAACAAGGAGCAACAAUUUAGAGAAAAAUAUCACUUCAAAGGAAAGAGGGCAGAAGAGUUGUGAGCCAUGCCCCUGACGCUGCUUUGUCCACAUCUUUGGAUGUUAGGCUAUUGUGAGUACAGAAUUUGCCUGCCUACUCACUUAGGUGACUGCAUAAUUUGCUCUUUUACAGUGUAAAUGCAUUGGUAAAGUGGCUAGUCUUUUUACAGAUGUUGUUCAACUGGGAUCAACUUGCCGAGGCAUUAAUUGAUAAGAACUCAAGCUCUUAUUAAUUGAUGUACUUUUUAAGAAUAAGUAUAUCUACUGCUUUUCCAACAUCAAAGUGCUUUUCAGCAACAGAGAAGUGAAUAAAAAUAAUAGAAUAGAUACCAAGAAUAAACUCAACAAAAAUAUAACUCAGUCAAAAACACUCUCUAUGAGAAAGUCCCAAGGCCAGAUGUUUUUACAGUCUGUGUGUGCGUGUGUAAAAUAAGUUCUGUGUGGGAUUCACCUAGCAAAUCCUGUCAGUGGAAGCCCUCUGCAAAGGGCUUCUCCUCCUCGCCUCCCCUGCAUGCCCCCCAAGUGGCUUGCAGGGGUCAGGAGAACCCCCUCUGAACAGCUCAUGGGGAAAGGGAAGGGGAAUUCUCCUGUCUGAUAUGCCUGCAUAGAUGGAAUGUUUGUAAUAGUGCAAUGUUCAGUUCAACCCAGUGUCAUUUAAACUGUAGGAGAGAUUACAGAGCCCACAUGGAUAUCCUAUGAGUGAUAUCCACCAUUAGUCAAGCUUACGAGCAUAGAUUUCAUUAAGUCUGCUCCCAGUAUGACUUAAUUGGACACCCAAUGUAUCCAGGCCAUCUGCAUACUGAACCCAUGUCACUUGAAUAACCUAUACAGUACAUUUGGUUCCAUUCCUGCUCUAAAAAAAUGUGGUGGUGGGCCAAACAUGGAGCUGCUUCAGUACUGGGGUUUUGAUUACACUUUGCUCUUUCUUUUCUGCAUCUAAGUCAGCAGGUUUCAGUUUUUAACAUCUGUCAAACAGCUACUCAGCUGGUCCUAGUUAUUUGUAAACUUCAGUGCGCUGGAUCAACCUUGCAUUUACUUUACAUUUAAAAAGUCCUUUUACAGAUUUACAGUCCGCUAUAUAAAUGAACUGGAGACAGGGCAAUCCAAUAAUAUUUGAAAUAAAUUUUCCUCACUUUGCACUCAAAGGUGAAACCUCUGUGGAAUUGACUACACAAAGUCCUUCACUCUAUAUUUUUCUUCCUUAUUAACCUGCUGCCUGCAACAUCAGCCAUUUGUGCUCAUUGAGCUUACAAACCUUCUCCUCCAAAAAUCCUAAGAAAAGAUUUACUUAUUUUUAUUUAUUUAGGAUUACAUGAUAUGGCAUAUUUGCUGUGCAUAAAGCUGUCAUUGGCUUUUAAAAAAAUAAAAAGUUUAGGUUCAAAAACCUGGUGGGUUGGGGGCUGCUUGGGCAUGAGGUUGUUUAUAAGCCCUGCUAUAUUCACUGCAGCACUCAACCUCAGGUGAUAUAAAGCAUGCAAAAAAGAACUUUCUGUCAGUUUUAUUAUUUCUAAAAAGGUUCCCCUUGAAGGAGAAGAGUGACCUUGUUCUGCUGAGCUGACAUGUGCCAUUGAAUUAAUGGCUGAGCUUCGCUUUAGGGAAGCUUGCAGAAACAUUACAACUCUCGUGGCUGAGUUUGCUGUGCACAUUAAUCAGGUAAACCAAAAUGAUGCAUCAAACACUCAUUUAAAAGUAGUAAAAUUCCUCCCUCCCCUCCAUAUUCCUUUUUUUUAUAAAAAAAAAUCUUCCUAAGAAUUAGUGUACAGUUGGUCAUUGCUUAUGGUCAAGGGCACUGCUGGAUGGAUACAGUAAAACAUAGCUGAGGGGACUGAAACUUUUCUUAAUCUCCAGCUACUAAGGAAGCUCAAGAAGGAAGUUAGAUAUAAUAAGGACAGGUUAGGACCUGCAUUUAAUACAAACCUUAUCUCCUAGAACAUAUUUGCUCUAAUUCUCAUGACCAUAACAUUAUUUGACAUUAUGAUUCAUAACAAUGUGGUAGCAACAUUGAUAAAAAAGGAACGAAAGAGUUUGAUCACACUUCCAGUGAAGACAACAGGGAGUUUAUCAUUCAUUUAAUGGAGGCCAUGAUCAAUGGCUUCAGGCAAGACAAACAGUUUCUCCCAUUGACAGUGAUUUUUGUAAUAGUCUGUUAAUGAGAUUUAUGAAGUAUUUAAUAGUGCUUAAGGGUCCAAUGCACCUUUUAUUUUUCCUGCGUCAUUUUGUGGUGGUCGUUAACUGAACGUAGUGCUCUUCUGGAGCUCCCAAAACUAAAGUUGUGAUAGACAUGUCCACAAAACAGAUUUAAAGCAGAUUGUGCCUGUACACACACACACCUGUAAUGAAGAAAGCAUUCAUCUAGAGCUUUCCCAAAUUGUGGAUCUCAACAUAGUUGAACAUCCCCAUUUUUCAAAUUUUUCAAAUUUAAUGACCAAUAAUCACAUAGCAUGGGGCAAAGAAGGUAAAUGCCAUCACAAAGUUGAAAGCCUUAGCUUAAAGAACUGAGAUGCUUUCAGGAAAUGGUUAUUUAUUAUGUAUGCCAAUAUCUGCAAAACAUCUCCACAGAGACACAGCCACUAAACUUGCUAACAAAGUCAACCACAACCUGCUUUUUGAGACCAGAUCAGAAGGCUGCCUUUACAAAGAGCGCAUAUAUUAUGUUGAAUGCCCCAGUUCUAUAAUGUCAAAAAGCCCAGAAUGGUUGGAAGCAGCUAUGGACUAGGUGGAGUGCUUCCACAACUGCAUGGCUCAGAAUGGAUGCAUUCUGCCCCGUAAUUCUUAACAAAGCAGGAAAAUGCCAUGCACGAAUAAAAAGAAACGCCUUGUGAACAAAGCUGGAUGAAUAUUUGAGAUGUGAAUAGCUCACUAAAGUCUCUCAGCAGUUAUCCUAAGAUACUAACCUAGUUCCAAAGGAGCACUUAUGGUGAUGAAACAGUUUAUGGCCAUAUUUAAAAAAAGAUUUUGCACACGGGACAAAUAAAAGCCAAUGUUAUAAAAGCAGGUGGAUGAACCUCAUUCCUGUUCAGAAGACCAGCACAUGAUCUCCCAUUUCUUUAUCCUUUGUCUUAGUGGUACAUGAGGCUCUGUGUUGUCUUUCCUGCAGUGCGUAUUUACCAUAGGUGCAAUCUAAUAAGCACUGAUCUCAUACAACCCCCAUUUGUGCUCAUAGAAAAGCAUAACUUGGCAUCUUAAGGCUGUCUACCUCACCAAAUGCUAAUAAGCUAGACAGAUAAUUCUUUAGUUAGCAUAACCUAACAAAGCACAAGAUACGGUUUAUGGCUGUCUUGGGUCUGACUGUAAGCAUUAGUUCUGUUAAUAUUUCCCAGUAUUAAAUGCUGAUUAUUACUCUUGAGGAAUGUGAUGCAGGGAUUAACUCUGGCUCUCAGGAAGUCCAGUGUACUACAGACCUCCCAGAAAGGAAGAAUGAAAGUUAGUGAUGAUUUAGACGGGGAAUGGAAAAUACAACAAUUAUAACACCUCAACCAGUAGCACAUUUACACCUCCUGUCCUCUGUGCUGAAAACCUCUUCUCAAAAGUAUAUAGUAAAAAUUAAGGGGGAAGGGAAAGAAGAACAUCCUAGCAAUAGUGACAGGCAUACUUAUAUGUAUAUAGAGCCUUCAGUUAAGGAAAAGCAAGGUGGAAAAGCAAGCAAGAAGAAAUGGGUGGCCAACGUGGUGCCAUCCAGAUGUUGCUUCACCACAGUUCUACAGCAAAAACUGUAUUGUUUAGGCCUUUGCAAUUUGAUUUAUUUUUUAUCAGCCAGCUUUGCUGAUACGCUCUUGAUGCUUUUAAUGAUGUUCUUGUUACAGUACUUGUUCUCAAGCUGUACACUGCUUUGUUAUCUCUUCUAUGAAAUUGUGAUUUAGAAAUAUCUGAACAAAAAAAAUAAAUCCCUGAUUUUUGGCUAUGUUGGUUCAUGGGGUAUUUAUGAAUCAGGACCUAAGAGUUCAUAGCCCUUGUGAAAGCAGAACAUCCUCCAGCAACCUCAACUCCAUGCGACUUACAAGAGGGAGGACACCAGAACUAGCUUUACAGGGGCUGAAUUGUUGAAAACAUAGCAGUGAGUUGACCAAGAAGUAAGCUUGUUCACCAGCUCUCACAUUCCUCUUCUCCUGGCAAAUCAUCCAAUCAGAAAUAUUUUGGUGCCCAAAGGGAACCUCCUGCGUUCUUGCUCCUUCUUAAUGGGUGCAUGCAAACCCUUCCCUUCCUGCAGCACAUUUUAUGUUCAGGGAGAUUAAUUUGCUUAAUGUAGUCAUCCUUCCAAAAGAGAAUCACUUAAUUUUAUGGGAUUCUGAAUACCAGUGUCAAAAUCAAUGGCCCAUUCUCUUCCAAGAGACUUGCAUUUGCUUUAAAAGCUUUUGUAAAACUGGAAAAUAAGGCUCCCACAUUACACCAAUGGCUUCACCGGGCAGAUACUCACUGAAGCUGAUGUGGCUGCUGGCACAGGCGAGCAGAAGGACUCAGGAGUCACGUACACACACACACUGCAGGCCCUCAGCUCCUCAGUGUGUUUUUCUACACUGUUGUCAUGGGGUUGAAUGCAUUUUAAAAGGUGGCAGCUAUAUUGAUUACUUAAUGGGGAGAAAAAAGAAGUUGGGACUGAGAAUUGCUGAAGUAGCCCUGCUUAAUGCUCUCCUGUGCAACAAGGCCAUUAUCUAGAAUGGUGGAAACCAUCCUGCAGCUCUUAUUAAUGUUUAAUAAGUACGGCACAACACAAAGGUACAUGACAAAAUAGCCCAAGGCCUCUGCUCAGAUAGGAUAGAAGAUUGUUGUGAGCCUCGAAAGGAAUAACUGAUUUCCCUCAGCUCUGGCUCUUUAUGAGAACAGCAACGAUAAGCAUUAUUUCCCCUCAGCUCCUCAGUGUCUCACUAUCACAUCAGCACUUCAAUAAACAGGGAUUCAUCGUAGGCAUCCCGAAUGCUACUGAAAGGCACUGGCUGCUAAAUUUGUAUCAUGGCACGAGCCUGUUCCUCAAUUAAACAUUGUGGUGAAUUGUAGCCUUCCUUCAUUUAUCUACAGUGCUGUGGGGCAUAUUCAGCAGGACUGAAAAGUCAGCAAAAGGUGUUAAUCCUGCCUGAUAGGCCCAUAAUCUUUGGUGCCGUGUGUGUUAUAUCACACUAUUGAGAUGCCUCUCACCACUUGUCAGGAUAUUGUUCACUGAUUUAAUAUAGAAAAUCUGUAAAGGAAAUGUUAACUGUAUGAAUUGAGGGGGAUAUCUGACACCCAUUUGCAAAAUGUACACACACACACACACACACACACACCAUAUGUAAUGGGUAGCAAUGAAAAUGCUCUGUUACCACGAAUCAAAUAAGGGGGCAAAGUAAACUUGAUAUAAAAUUAGAGUAAGCCAGGAGUGGAGAAGCUUUCAUAGCUCAAGGGCCACAUUGACAGACUGUUUGGCGGCUACGUGCAUGGGAUGGCUGUGAUAACCCCAGGCCUGAAACUCUCACAUGCACCAGUAGUGGCUCACUAGGUGGGGCAGAGCCACUACACUAGUUUCCAGCAGAUGGGGCAAUGCUGCCUACCAGAAGGGAGGAGAGAUGAGACAGGGAGAUCAGUGUGCUACAAACACAUUGGCAGAACCAAUUUGGCCUUCCUGCUGGUGUGUUUGCACCAUGAUGACCUUCCCAUUGCCCCAUUUUGGGGGGUGGAGGAGGUGUUGAAAAUGAAUAGCAAUGCAAUCCUAAGCAAAUUUACUCUGAAGUCAUUUCCACUGUACUCAAUCAGAUUUUUUUUCACUAGUGAGAUUGCAGCUCUAGAUAAGGAAUUAUUCCUGAGCCUUGAGGAUUAAUGUGAGCUAUAAAAUCAAAUAAACAAUCAAAAUAGGGUUGCAGCUAGCAAGACUGAUCUUCAUGUGAUUGCAAACUAGUUGUCCAAAUGAUAAUUUUAUUCCAUCAGUAAAUUGUCGAUUACUCUUUAUUUUUAGUUUCAAAAGAAUGUAAAAGAAAUGGGACCUAACACAGGCAGUAAAUUUGUGAUUUAUUACCAGGAUUGUAAUAAGAUGAGGCACCUUCCAGACUGAAAAUUCUCCAAGGAAGCUACUUUGUAAAGUGUACAGUUAGUGUCAACUGCAUGUACAUCAUUCUUAGAAUCACCACUGCUGAACUUGAAUGCACACUUAUCACUUUGCAUAACGGUCAGCAAUGCAAACAUACCCAUAAUGAGACUCUUUCAGAACCAACCAUCAAACCCUUGCAGAACCAAAAGGGCAAUAUGUAAAUAUAGCCAAACUACCUUUAGUACCGGGAUGCGGGUGGUGCUGUGGGUUAAACCACAAAGCUUAGGACUUGCCGAUCAGAAGGCCGGUGGUUCGAAUCCCCGCUACGGGGUGAGUUCCCGUUGCUUGGUCCCAGCUCCUGCCAACCUAGCAGUUCGAAAGCACACCAAAGUGCAAGUAGAUAAUAGGUACCGCUCUGGCGGGAAGGUAAACGGCAUUUCUGUGCGCUGCUCUGGUUUGCCAGAAGGGGCUUUGUCAUGCUGGCCACAUGACCCGGAAGCUGUACGCCGGCUCCCUCGGCCAGUAAAGUGAGAUGAGCACCACAACAACCAGAGUCGGCCACAACUAGACCUAAUGGUCAGGGGUCCCUUUACCUUUACCUUUAGUACAUAUGUUUUGUUGUUAUAAAAGAAAUGGAGUUAAUAGAGUAGCAUUCAGUAAUACUGAGAGUAGACUCACUGAAACCAGUAGGGCUUAAAUUAAGCAUAACACUAAAUCUGAAUCCAACUCAUUGUUCCUACCUUAUCCUUUGUUGAUUUGAUCACAAUUAAAAAACACUUUGUAGUACAUUAGGAGUGUUUGGCAAACCUGCGUAGAAGAUAACAAAAAGUGUGUGUCUUAAGGCAGACAUUUAAAGCACAUCCAAUGCACAUUUGAAACAUGUGCCUUCCUCCCAAAGAAUCCUGGGGACUGUAAUCUUUCCCUCCCAUAGCUAUGGUUCGCAGCACCUCUAACCAACUACAGUUCCCAUAAUUCUUUGGGACUUGGAGUCAUGUAGGUUGGGUGUGCUUUAAAUGUAUGGUGUGGAUUUGACCUUAGUUACUUUAAAAGUCAACUGUAGCUACCUGCUCAGGGUGAGAUUGAUGAGUAGAGCCAUCCUUUGGGACUGGACUCAGGAUAAAGGUAACAACUGAUAACUUCCAACUCUGCAAAGUUCCGAUUGCCUCAUCUAUAAUGUAUUUGAUUAUCAUCGCUGACCAUACGUCAAAUAUGAAUGCAUAACAUGUACCAACUGGAACACUCAGCAAAGUUAUGAAAACUUUGUAUCAGCUUACUCUAAAAAUAAAUAAUUAUGUUAGUGUGUCUAUCUAUAUUUAUUUUUUUCUUUUCAUAGCGAGCAGGUAGCUUUGGGAACUUUGACCAGCGCAGACAUCAGUCAGUUUCAAAGCCAGAUGAUUCAUCUGAGGUUUGUAUAUUACUCAAUCUAGUUAUUUUACAUAACAGCUCCUUAACUUCUGUACAUGCAACAGAAAGCACAUUGUGCAAAAUACAGUGGAUUUUGCACCAACUGAGUGAGCAACUGACUGCUGAAUUGAGUAAAAUUUGUGCAGACUUAAUGAUUUGAUGAUACAGCACACAGAACCUUGGUUUUCGGAGGGGAAAACACUCAAACAGCAAGUUGCUGUUGUUGAGAAGUUGUACAUCUCAUAGUCAUCUAUUGUCUAUUGCCUGUUACAUUGCUGGUAAUUAGUUAUACACCCACCUUCCAUAGUUUUGGAGAUUUACAGAGGCAUGUCCAAACACAACUGGACAAGGGCCAACAAAUCUUGCCUUGCCUUGUUGCCAGCCAGAGUACUAUCAUCAUUACCCUAUUCCCCCAUCCAAGUACAGGGGGAAGGGCCUUCUUACAUUAUGUUGACUUCAAAGCUCAGCCUGGCUGUGGGGUGUGCAUGAGAAAGAGCAGCCCUGACCUCUUCCACAGUGAAGCUCACCCUCAUUACAUUUAGUCUCAGACAUUCAAAAAGUGCCGAGAAGUCUCCUGGCUCUCCAAGUAUCUCUGAGGUUCAAUGCAGUAUCAGGGACAGUCUUUAAAAUUCUCCCAUGCUUCUGAAGUCAGCCUGGUACUUUUCCAGACACUGAAGAAUGGCAGGGGCUGUUCUUGAUUUUGUGCUCUUUCCAGAGCAAAAGAUGUAGAUUCUUGCCAGUGGAACUCUAACACAAUUUGCCUGUAAUGAACAAACUGUAAUUUGGGGGCAGAAAACAAUGACUUGCUACAUGUAUCAUCAGAAAGCUUCACCAAGAGACUCCUAUAAAAUUUUAAACAAACUUUUUUUCUUUUUAAAAAACCCAGAUAUGUGAAGCAGAUGCUGUAAGUGAUGGUGGAGAACUGGGACAUAGCAAAUCACCAAAUAGUGGGGGAAGCCUUGGAAAGAAGAUGCGGGCCAUUUCCAUGACUAUGAAGAAAAGGAUGGGUAAAAAGUACAUCAAGGCACUUUCAGAGGAGAUGGUAAACAUAUCACUAAAAUCUUUUGAUCUUCUUUAUCUGCUUGUGGUUUAACUUCCGGUUUUUAAGCUCUGCUGUCAAAGUUGCUUCAUAUUUAGCUGUGCGUGUCACUGUGUUCAGGCAACAUCAUAAACACUGCAGUGAUAUUGCAAAACUAAUAUGUAAAGUAAUUUUCUCCAAACUUAUUGAACUAUGCUUAAUCACGCCAAUCCACUUCUUUGAGUGAAAUUUUUAUGUGCAACUGAUUGUGCAUCUUAUUUCUGCAAAUGAAGGCUUUGGGAACGAAGUGGGGAGAAAUGUUCAGAUUCUGUUGGUGGCAGUAGAUUCAACACUGGAAUCCACCUUAAAUCUUAGGUGUUGCAAUUCAAAUACUUUCCCUUAUUCACUCCCGUUUGGGAGUUGGAAUGUUCAGAUGGGGAUGGGGAGAUUACAUCUCACACUGAUUUGAAUAAAUAAAUCAAGCAAUUAUUUUGUUGCAGACUUCCAAUACAUUAACUGAAUUUUUAAUAGAAUUUCUGGGCUCCCAUUGUACACAGUGGUAUUUAUCCUUGAGUAGACAUGCAUAGGUUUACACUUUGAUGACUAUGCUAGAAGUAACCCUGAGUUGCUUUUUUCUCUAUUUGAUAUUGUGUGUUAUAAAGUUUUUCUAAGUCUUUUUCACCAAAACAAAAUGCCAAGUUGUUGUUGUCAUUGUAUUGAAAGAAUGCCUCUCUUUGACUACUGUUUAAAAUCACUGGAAGCCAAAAGUAGUGCAUAACUCCCAAAAUGGCAGGUCUCAGAAUCAUGCCCUGAAGAAGUUAUAUUCUUGAUCCAAAGCUUUUUCUGCUAAUCUCAGAUGUGAAACAGCUGGCUGAAGUUACUUAGGGCAGAACUACACAUUAUUCAAAACCAUGUGUAAUAAAAAACCAAUGGCUACUUUUCUAAUGGAGGGUGGAAACAAGAGUAGAUGCUUAACUCUGUCUUUGCCAGCUGCUUUUCCCUCCCUCCCCAAUCAGAACCUCAACUUCUUUUUCUGCCCAAAGCUUGCACUGUGAGAGUAAAGAUGUGUCUGGAUCUCUGCAGUAAGAGAGAUGCAGUUUGGGACAGUUGCUAUUUGGAGUGGAGAAGUAGUGGGCAUCCUCCUUUCCCUUUUCCACUCAAAGGGUUCCACUCAAAGCCAUCAGGCUUGUGUGAUAUGGUCCUGUGGCCCUGCUUCUGUCAUUAAUUCAGUGCACAUGGUACAUACAAUGGGGGACUCUUGAUUAAUAUUACUUCACUUGCACUGCUGUCUUUAACCAACAGAUGUUCGGGCUGAGGCUAAGCCCCUGUUCAAAUUAAAUGCUGAGUUGAUGAUAGGCAUAAAUAAUCAGACACAUCUUUUGGCACGAAGGUGUGUUCAGUGAAAUAGUCUAAUGAUUUGUAUUCUGAUAUUUAUUUUUAAAAUCCAUUAAUGGCCCGGGGAAGACUGUGAAAAGUAAAAUGGCAAAAUUUGAUGAAAGUACUAAAGUAGGCUAUGAAGAAUUACAAAAGAAUCUCAGAGCCCAAGCAGAAUGGAAAACUAUAUGGCAGCUGAAUAUCCCUUAACUGAAGAAACACACCUUGGAAAUAUAACCCAGUUCUACAUAAAUAUGGUUAGAUACUGAAUACACUAUUACUGCCAAGUAAGGAAGUUUGGGAGUCACUGUGCAUACUUCCUGGAAAUGUCAAUUCAGGCCACUGAAGUCUUGAAAAAGCAAAAAAUGUUAGUGAUUAUUAUUCAAGGUGACAUAAAAUAAUAUGCUAAUUCUCUAUAUAAGUGAAUGGUACAGUCUCUUGCAAAAAAGUGAUAGCAUGUGAAUUGUCAAAAUUGUCAGUGGUAUGUUAAGUUUUUCAUGUAAAGAGAGUCUAAAUGAAUAUGAUUUUUCAGUUUUAAGGGCGGGAAAUCCAAUAGCCACAGCACGCACAACUGUGCAUAAGGCAACAAAAUGUGGUGGGUGAGCAAUACCACACAGGAGUGCACAUAGGAGGUACCAUUUCUGUAUGAUCUUCCAUGUGAAAGUGUCCAAAAAGAAAGACAUCAAGGAGAAAAAUUCUAGCUAAGCACAAUUCCUACAGUCUUGCAGGGAAGGUUAGGUUGGGGGGGAAACCCAGAGGGAGCAUUCCACAGUGUAAUCUCCCACCAGCAGGAUGAAUGGGUACCACUUUGGCAUUGUACAUCCCUCAUUCUGUUAUGAGGGUAGACUCAGUCUAAGUUGUUGAGACAAUCAUCUGCAGUUUCGUAAAAAGAGACCAGGGUUUGACCUAUAUUGGAUACAAUGGAUUCUUAUGGUAUAGCUUUAAAAUUCCUACUUUUUUUUUGCAUUUUGUAUAUAGUUAACGGGUGGAAUUUAAGAGUGCAAACGUGGUAAAAGAACUGGACUCAAUAAUUGACUAGAUGUAAAAGAAUAUUACCAGAAGGCACACAGUUCUUUUUGAUAGUGGCAGUGUGCACAUUUGCCAAUGAAUCAACAAGCACCAUGAAUAGACUAGUAACUAGUGGGGCACUACAGGUAGGGGAAAAGGCUACCAGCCAACAACAGAAACCCUCUUGUGGGAGCAAUGGAUGAUAUUUUGCCACUGUGAGAAUAGUGGACAGAAUACUGGGGUAGAUGGGCCAUUGGCCUGAUCCAGUAGGCUCUUCUUAUGUUCUUAACGAGUUACAGAAAAGCUUGUAUGAGUUGGUCCUAAUCCAAUAUUAAUACAUUUUGGAACAUAAAAAUUCCCAUAAUGGGCAUCAUGGGGAAAUGUGCUUCAAAUCUCAUCCUGUGUGUAGCUGCUUAAAUCAGGCAGCUUUUGAGUCUUAUCUGGGGCAUCUGAUCAUUUAAUCCCUUACUAAGCCAAAAGAAAUUGCACUUUGUCAUCAAGGUAAUGCAUCCUGCCACCCAAACAUGAACUUAGAACUGCAGAACUAUAGAAGUGGAAGGCACCUCAAGAGUCAUCUAGUCCAACCCCCUGCAAUGCAGGAAUCUCUACACAGGGUCACCCAUCCAAUCUGAAACUAUGCUGGACCCUGCUUAGCUUUGUGGAUCAUGUAGUGGAUUAAUAGUGUCAUCGCUUUUGUCUUACUCACCAAACCUAAUAACGUGAAUGUACUGUAAUCUCCCAAGGUACAUGCUACCUCUCUGUCAUGCUGACUUCAUAUGUUGCAACAAUAGGGAGAAGUUGCUUCCCGGGUUCCCCUUUUCUUGUGAAGUUAUCGUUGCUUAAUUAUUUAACUUAGACAGUGACACAUAGCAAGUGGCCUCACUGUUAUAAUAUGUUCCCAUUUUAAAAAUAAAGCAGUCAUUACUUUAAGCACUCUGGAUUAAAAAAACACCCCAAAACAAAUCAUAAGCAAAGGUAACCAAUCCUGUUAGGACAUAAGAAGAAGAAAAAACCUUCAAAAUCCACAAUUUGGAAAUACGUUUUCUCGGGGCCAACUAAAAAUGUCACAAAAGUGUGGUAAGUUUUCAAGAUCUUCUAAACUCUUCCUUGGGCAAGAUGUUACAAAGAGGAAGGAGUGAAGGGGACAAGGAAGAAUUUAAAGUACAAAAAUUCAGCUAGAUGUUAUAGCCGUGAGGUCAGUUUGUGGAUUCAGUUCCAAAAUGGAGAUUGUAAGCAGAAUUAGUUCCACCCAGGUGCUGCAGAUAAGAGCUUCCGCACCAGGAUUCUGGGAUAAAGAAAAAAUGGCUUCUCCCCAUUUCAGAGAGAUUUAAGACUGGUACCAGCUAUAGCAAAUUUUAGAUGAACCCAAGUUUCUGUUAGAAUAAAUGAUUCCCCCCCCCCCCUUUGCCUAUUUGUUUGGUUGCUACCUACAAUGACGUACUUGCAGGGCUCAAAACCACUAGGAUUUUUUUAAAAAAUGAUGUUGCUCUGUUAUGUGAAAGCUAGUAAUUAUAGCCUUGACAUACAUGUUUGUCCCUUGAAUUCUGAAAAACAAAGUGAUUUUCAAUCUGACAGCAGUUGCCCAGAGAAUGGCAGAGAGGAGUGAUCACUUUUUCCAGGUGACAGGAAUUGUAUGUCUUCUGCCAAAAUUGCCUUCAUUUCAGACAGCCUUGCUUUCUUUUGAGUUACUAUAUAUGUUUAGCAAGCUCUUUCUCUUACUCCCACCACCACCACCUACGCAUGGCUUUACUAAAACCAUAGCAUGUGACAUCUCAGCUAAAACAUCUGUUCUCGCUGCCUAUAUCCUUCGGGGACAGGUUCAAGGUUCAUGCAUUGAUAUACAAAAGCCUGAACAACAUGGGUGCAGGAUACUUAUAUCCCAUUAUCACAGCUUGAUCACUGAGAUCAUCUGCUUGAGCACUGUUAGUUGUCCCCAUGUUACAGAGGCCCAGCUGACCUCAACUAGAAGUUGGCUAUUUAGUGUUGCUGGUCCCAUGUUGUAUGUAGAAUGCUCCUCUAGCAGAGAUUCAGCAAAUAUUCUCCCUUUUGACUUUCGGCUAUCUCUUGGUGACUUUUUUAUGCCAACAUGCCUAUGCAGAUGUUUAAAAUGCCCCUUGAUUAGCCAGAUAUUUUAAUCACCUCUUUGUAUCGCUUUAAUUUUUUUUAUAUACUGUCAUGCACCACCCUGAUGCUUUGUGAGAGGGGGUAUAUGCAUAUAUUUUUAUAGAAUUAAAUAAACAAAAUAACACCUUCUUCCAAGUUCUGUUUGGUCCCCAUUCUGUUUUGCUGCAGGUACAAUGCCAAGUCUCUUAUUAAAUUUAAUUUUAGCACAUCCACAUUUCCCAGAAGAAUUUGGAAUUUGUGACGACUUGGUGGAACUGGUUCUGCUUAAGUACAGCAGAUGAUGAACUAAACAGUGUGAUAUCUUUUGGCUUUGAUAUACUGCUUCCUUAAGGGGACAUAUUUUAUUUGACAAAUGCAUAUGUGGGUAAUGUUUCUUUAUACUUACCAUCUUCUCUCUCUCUUCUGCUCUAAAGAAUGAUGAAGGAAGAGAUGAUUCCUGUUCUAAUCGAAACAGUGACCCUGAUGGAGGGUCAGGCACUGAGAAGGCCUCCCUAAAGGCCAGCGACUCCAUGGACAGCCUCUAUAGUCUUAAUAGUGGCCAGAGCUCAUCAAGUAAGUGCCAGUUAAUGAUAUGCUGCAGAAUAUAUAUAUUUGAAUGGCUAGAAACAAUCUUAAGAACAUAAGAGCAUCAGUAGGCUUAAGUUCACCUAAGUCUGAAUUGAAGCCAACGGCAAUUCUUAACUUGCUUUCACGUGCAUUGAAUAGGGCUUUCCUGCCUUCCCUUUCUAUUGGCAGCCAAUCAAAAUUUUCUCCUUGCGUUGGGUUGCCCUGGGAAUGGUAUAGGAUUUGGUGCAGGUGGGUACAGAUAAGAGCAAGAGCUGGUGAAAAUCACCCCUGCUUCCAUUAGCAAAUAGAAUUCAAUGUGGUUGAGUUGCAUCUAGUGAUGGCUUGGCUUUAGUGCAACCACUUCUGCUCAUAGCAUCAGAGGCGCUUGGUUUUGAUCCUGACCCAUACUUCUUGAUAAGGCAAAGGUACCAUCAGAUACCACCCACUGUCUUUUCCCAAACUAUUUACAUUUUAUAAUUUAACAUACUAGGGUAUUUACAUUGUAAUACCAGAUUUUAGUGUUUGUAUAUUGCUGCAGAGUAUGCAAAUAUCUUCACAUAUGUUAUUUCAGUUUUUACAACAGUCCUAUAAAAUAGGUCACUUUUCUUAUUCCCAUAUUACAGUUCACUAGUAUUGGUUUGGCCAAAAUGACUCAAUGAGUUCAAAUCCUAGGAAGAUUUUUGCUGGGGAUUUAAUGACUCACAACCAACUCUUUGGGGGAUGUACCCAGUGUUAGUUAUACUGUUCAAAUUAAUGUACACAACUAACUUAGGCUCAUUAAUUUUGGUGGGCCUACUUUGAUUAGAAUUUAGUUAGAUAAGUAGUCAUUAAGCUACAUCAGUAUCCAUGUUAUUUAAUACCAAUGCAUUUAAGUGAAAUAUUGUGAACGAAAUACAUUAUUUAUCAUUGCUGACUUUGUCUUUGGUGAAAAUUAAUUUAGAGAGAGUCUAAUUUUCCAGAAGAAAUAUUUGUAUUACCUUUGUUUAUUUAUGUAUUUUUUAAAAAUAGACCACAUUCAUAAAGUCCUCUGUUCUUGCUAUUGCAAGGGAUAGCUAACAUGCUGCAUAGAACAUGAAACUAAAAAGAGGCCAAAUUUUCCUUUUUUAACAAAAAGUAGGAAAAGUUAACGGCACAAGCUUAUAGAAGUUUACUCAAAUGUAAUUCCCAUUCAGUGGGGAUUAGUCCUUAGAAAGUGAGUUUAAGAUCACACCCUGAAUCUUAUGUAUGUCAGUAAAAAGUGUGUCCUAGGAUGUGUUGCAUCUGAUCAACAGUACACAUAAAAAUUAUGGAUGAGGCUUGUAUCUGGUGAGCAACGGUGUUUGAAUGGCAAGCACUGAUAGGGAUUUUGUUAUCAUAUGCUUUCACAGAGAACCUAUGUAAGGUUUUAUAUUGUCAUUCUGUCUAAUAGAAUUGAUUAAUGACACUAAAUGAUCCUAUUUUAGUCUUUUGAGCUAAAACACCACUCCACUGUAAAACAGAAUUGUUCACUGACAUAUCAAUUCAAUUUUCAUUUCCUAGGUCUAGGUUAACCAUAUUUCCAAAGCGACAUGGCUUUUGUUCAUUUAAGUGCUUAAAUGCAGGGUAAUAUUCUGCAGGUGCUACUUCUAACUCUUAACUGCAAUGGUGAGUUUAUACAGAUAACAUAUCUUACCCAAACCUGAUCUCUCCUACGCAGGAUAGUCAGGCUGUCUCAGGUUUUUUUAUUAUUUAAAGAUUUGUAUGCCCACCAAACACAAGCCUAUGGAGCAGCUAACAACAUUGUGUAAAAGAACUGCAAAGCCAAUAUAAAAUGGAUAGCUACUCAAAUUACACAUGUAAAUAACACAUCCCAUACACAACCUGCAGCCGCAAAACUAAAAAGUUGCCCAUCAGAUUUUAGAUACUUAUGUUAAUACCAGCUCAUAUGAACAAAGUCCACUGGAAUAAGAUGGUCUAGAGAAGGGCUUCCCCAAGUUGGGUCUCCAGCUGUUUUGGACUACAAUUCCCAUCAUCCCUGACCACUGGUCCUGCUAGCUAGGGAUGAUGGGAGUUGUAGUCCAAAAACAGCUGGAGACCCACCUUUGGGGAAACCUGGUCUAUAGAUAAAAACUGAGCUUGCAUGGUGGGCCUUUUGAGGGAGGAAGUUUAAAAUGAAGAUGCCACUGCAGCAAAGCCCAUUACAAAGAUGGACAUUUAGAUGCCUAUAUAUGUAUUGUGGGGCUCGUAUGGACAAAGUUCUCUUCUAAGUGAAGAUGGCCCAAUCAUUUUAGUUUCUUCAUCUCUCCUGUAGGGGCAUACCACAUGGUAAGUAGCAUUUUACCAGAUAUCAAAUGCUAAGAUGUGGUAUAGUCGGAUGGGAAAAACUGUACUGGUGGAACUUUUGUUUCCCUCAGAGAUCUUCAAAGUACAGAAGCUAUGUCCCUCUAGGAAUGUGGUCACUAUGUUUAGGCCUCAACUCUAGUUUUCCUAUGUCAACGUGAUACGGAAAAUGGUAUGUUGCAUUCCAAGCCAUCUAUGCAAGAACAAACUCUCUAACAAUUUUUGCAUGUGAGAGAGACCGAAAAUGGAAUAUAAGUUGCCUCUUGGGUUUCUUUUACAGUGGUACCUCGGGUUAAGAACUUAAUUCAUUCUGGAGGUCCGUUCUUAACCUGAAACUGUUCUUAACCUGAGGUACCACUUUAGCUAAUGGGGGCUCCCGCUGCCGCAACGCUGCCGCCGUGCAAUUUCUGUUCUCAUCCUGGGGCAAAGUUCUUAACCCGAGGUACUAUUUCUGAGUUAGUGGAGUCUGUAACCUGAAGUGUUUGUAACCCGAGCUACCACUGUACACUCAUGUUGCAAAGAAGAAUGAAGGCAUAUCUACCGGAACAUAGGAAACCACUUUAUACUGAGUCAGACCACUGCCCCAUCUAGUUCAGUAUUGUCGGACUGUCAGACAAUACUGUCAGACUCGCUAGAAUUUCAGGCAGAGUUCUCUCCUAGCCCAAACUGGAGAUGCCAGGGAUUGAACCUGGAACCUUCUGGUGCAAAGCAGAUGCUCCACCACAGAGCUACAGUUCUAUUUCUCCCCUGUUUCCAGUGGCCACCCUCAACUCCUGCCAGCUGUCAGAAAGAAUCAGAAGUCCUGCUUGCUUCAGCAGGAGGAGCAUAGGGUGAGCGAAGACUAAAGAUGGCGUUCAAUUAAGUUUUACUCAGAGCAGUUCUAUUGACAGUAAUGGACAUAAAUUAGUCAUGUUCAUUAAUUUAAAUGCAUCUACUCUGAGUAAAAUGUAGGUGAAUACCACCCAAUGACUGCAUAACAUUUUGAGGGUGCGGUGCUGCUUUUAAAUUAUCAUGACCUAGCAACCGUAUUUAUUCCUCCCCCAUGUAUAGCUAAGCAAGCACAUCAAGUGAACCAAUUUUUGUGUUCCAUUAUCUGUUUUGUCGUGGGAGAAUUCAAGAUGCUGCUGUUAUCUAAAGCAUAUUUGAAUGGAAUAUUUCUGUGCUUUCUCAAAUGUGCUGAUGCAGGUUUCUUCAGAUGACAAAAUGACAGAAAUCUUGAGAGUAAAACUUUUUUCUCUCCAGUGUGCAAUUCUUUUGAAGUUCUGUACUUUGCGUAUUCUAAGACAUCACCUGUAAAAUGUUAUCCCUGUUUGUCUGAAUAAAGAGGUAACAGUCAGCAGAUGAUUAUUCUACAUCGUAUAUGAAAAACACACAGUAUUAGUUUUGGGCCAUUUUAUUUCAGUGAGCCCUGAGUAAAAUCUAGGCUCUAGACUUCACUCUAUUGAUGGAGAUUUUGACCAUUUUAAUUGCAUUUCCAUUGUUUCAGAAUUUUGAGAACCAAAUAGUCUAUCUCUUAGCACUUUGUCACAAUUAAGUAUUACCCUGCAGCAUAUGUUAAUUAAUUGCAUGGGGCAUGAUCCACAUUUGCACAUCCACAGACACAGAAUAGAGCAAGAGUCUCUUAACCUCAGGGUUGUGGGAUUUGAGCCCCACACUAGGCAAAAGAUUCCUGCAUUGCAGGGGAUUGGAGUAGAUGACCUCCAGCGUCCCUUCCAACUCUACAGUUCUAUUAUUCUAUUAAAUCCACUGCUAAAUCCUGUGGACUGAAUUCAGUAGAACUGUACAUAGCUUAUUUUUGGCUGGAAUGCAUCUACUCCAUAGAAAGUUGACAGUAGAGAUUAAUAGGAAUGAAGAGUGGAUUUAAAUGAAGCCAAGCAUAAGCAGAGUGCCUUGGAGGAAUUGGGUCUUCUCAGAAGUCAAGCAGGAUCUCUGUGAGAUGGCACAGGUGAAGUGGGAACCUCUAAAUCACCAUGGUACCAUAGUACCAUGGUAAUCCAUACAUUUUUAAAAAAUCCUAGAGACAUGCAUCUACUACAAGCAGAAACAGUGUCUCUCAGCUUGCCAUAUGAGGAAUAUAACCAAAAUUGGGUGAUGAGGGAAGAGGGAGGAAGUACCAGGGUGGGGAGAGGAUGGAUGGAGAGCCUUGUUAUGGUGGACUGCUCAAGCUAGUAAUCAGAAGGAAUUAUUUUUACUUUGAAUGUGAAUCUAUUUUAGUUCUUCCCACCCACAAAGUCAAACUUAUUUGUCUGCAGUGUAGCAGGUUUCUUACUCAUGAACAUCUCUCUUAUGUGUUCUUUUUUUGUCCACCUGCAAACUGCAACAGCUAUCCUUGUGGGUAAGCCACGGCAGCUAUCCUUCUGAAAUUUGGCAUAAUUUAUACCCUCUAAAAGGGUAAAGAUAAACACAUAUCCUUUUCAGUUGGACAAACUUUAAAGGUGCCCAGCACAACAGUCAGUGCCCUAUUUCACUGUAAUUUAGCAAGCUUUGAUUCUAUCAAAGUUAAAUUGUAUUUUAAUUAUCUUUUUUCUAUAUUUUAGUGGUUCUUGUUUUAUCUGUAAGUCACCUUGAGUCCUGUCAGGGGAAAGGGUAGGGUAUAAACAAAAUAAUAAUAACAACAACAAACUCCUUCUUAGCAGUAAGUAUGCCUUCAAAUUUCAUCCACUUCUGUAAAAAGGGGGGGGGGAGUUAUAGUCUUUUUUAAAAAAAAGAAAAGAAAAGAAUACUCCCUCAAAUAGUGAAUUGAGGUGGGAUGAAGUGGUCUCAGGUGAAGCCCAAUCCUAUUCAAACAGCCUACCAAGUGUCUCAGAUUGAGGUGGGCUGUUUUCCAAAGUGUUGAAUUGGGAGUCCAAACCAAAUCUUGUGGGUCAUGCACACCUCUUGUGAUUUUUCUGUUUUAUAACUUUCAAAUGAUUUCAUCUUCAAACUCUUUUGGCUUCAUGUUGUAUCCAUCUUAAAUGCUGUGAAAGGUUGACCAUUCUUAUUGCUUGCAGGUGGGGUUACUAGUUGCUCAGAUGGGACAAGCAACAGGGACAGCCUAAAGCUUGAUGAUGAAGUUCCUUACACUGGACCUUUCUGUGGCAGAGCUAAAGUACACACAGACUUCACACCUAGUCCUUAUGACACAGACUCUCUCAAAAUCAAGGUGAGUUAACUAUUUGUUACAUUUGCUUUAUUCCUGAAGUCACUUUCCACCUGUGAGGCUCUCCCAGUUCAGGCAGCAUUAUAUAGAAAUCACUUUUUUUAUAGAAGAACAAGUCUUGCCAAUGAAGAACUAGCUUGGUUUCCACAAAGCUAGCUUGUGUCUAACUAAUCUUUCCACUGAGUGUCUCAAUGAGCAUGUAGAUUGGGUGUGCUUUCAAAAAACUUUUGACAUAAUCCCCCACUAAAAAUUCCUGAGUAACCUUUGCAGUCAUGAGAUAAAGGGACACAUUCUCUUAAACUGCUUAAAGAGUGGAAAGUGGAUAAUAGGAAUAAGUGGACAGUUCUCACAAUAGAGGGAUGUUAGAAAUAGAGUCGCCCAGGUAACUAGACUGGAGUUUGUGGUUUUAAUUUGGUCAUAAAAUAUCUGGAAUUAAGAGUGUGCAGUGAAGUGACCAACUUUGCUGAUAAUAUCAAAUUGAUCAGGAUGGUAAGAAACAAGAUGAAGAAUGGAAAUUGGGGGAUCACAAAAAGAGUGUCUCAAAACUGGGUGAAUAGGCAUUUAAAUAGCAAAUGUGAUUUAAUAUAAGAAAGUGUAAAGUGAUGCACAUUUGAGAAAAACAAACCAACCUAAUUUCACAUAUAUGCUAACAGGGUCUGAACUGGCAGAGACUGAGCAAGGUUACAAUCUUGGAAUUGUGGCGGGUAGCUCAACGUAAAUGUCAAUUCAGUGUGAAGCAAUUGUGAAAAAGGUGGCCUCCAUGUUAGAGAUCAUUAGCAAAGGGAUUGAAAAUAAGCCUGCUGACAUCAUAACAUACAACAUACAAAUCUAUGGUGAGAUCACACUUGGAAUUCUGACUACAGUUCUGGUCCCCUCGCCCUCCAAAAGCAUAUUGUAACUGAAAUAACUGAGGGGCUGGAGCAACUCUCCUUUGAGGAAAGGUUACAACAUUUGGGACUUUUGUUUUAGAAAGGGGGGAGAAUAUAUAUAGAGAGAGAAGUAUAUACAUGGUGUGGAGAAAGUGCAAAGGGAGACAUUUGCUGGAUCCUGGAGAAGACGAAUCUUUGGUCUGCUCUGGGGGGUCUCUUGAUACAUUCUUAUCAAACUUGUACCUUAAGCUUUUGUGUCACAAAGAAAAAGACGUAACUAAUAAUAAUCUUCAGGUGUCUUUUCUAGCCUUACUUCACAUUGUGCUGCCUAACACUCUGCUGUAGUUCUAGUUGAGUUAUGGCUGUGGAGUGUGACGUGUGGGGAGGGAGCUGUUUCACUUUUCCAUAUUAACAGAGACAAGAUGAUGUCUCAUGACCAUGUUCCCAGCAAUGUGGGGUAUGAUUAAGUGCUGAUUUGCUACUAGGGGAACUCUGAAGUAAUAAUUUGAGUCCCAGGAGAAAGGAGGGACUGCCCAGGUUGUCAGUAUUUACUAGAGCAUAACGGUGAUAUGCUCUCUUUAAAGUGGCUGAAAGCAAAAACCAAUGGCUGCUCCAAAACUACAAUAACAUAAUGCAGAUGUUUCAGAAACAGAACACAGUACUUGCCUAACAGACAUGUUUGGAUCAGGUCAUAUUUGGUAAGCUGCAUAUUGUGUUAACUAAAGUGCUUUGGCUUAAAUUCUGCCUUGCCAGAGCAGAAAAUCAUUUCCACUUGCACAUGGAGGUGGACAUCCCUUUUACAUCUGCAGCAGCCCCACAUCCAUUCUGUUUCUGAGGGUCCCCCAACCCUGAAGAGCAGAUUGGGGGGGGCACAGGUAGCUGCAGCAGGAAAGAACUUAAAAUUGUGAUAUAGAAGCUGGUGAAAUGUGUUGCACAACUGCUUGUCCUUUUUCUUGGCACCUGUCUGGAAAGAUUACCUCCUGUGUUUCUGGAUAUUUUGAUGCUGCUCUUUCAUUUUUUCUAUUUACCUGACAUACAUGUUUGGAUUAACAUGUUUUGAGUUUGAACAAAACACAUAGUUUUCAUUUUUUUAAAAAAAUCCUGCUUUAAUUUUUAUAAUAAUGCUUCAUAUACGAGGGAAGUGCAAAAGUGUAAAUGACACAUUAGUAGUGCACAGACCAAAUGCUAGAGUUACAUUUUAAGUAAGUAUGUGAGGGGGAGUGCAGGGUCAAUGAUACUGUCAUUGGAAAUAAUGAAUUGUAUUUAGCUAAGUCUUCCUCACUGAAAUUAAUGAAUCUGUUAAUUAAUUAAUGAACCAUUAACUUCAAUAGACAUGUUAUGACAGGACACCAUGACAAGUGUCAGAGCGCAACAGAAACAGAGUUUACCUCCCCACCACAGUGGUACCUAUUUAUCUACUUGCACUGGUGUGCUUUCAAACUGCUAGGUUGGCAGUACUAAUAAUUAUAUUAUCAACCUAAUAAUUAUAGCAAUUGGUCUGUUACUUCUCUUCUGAUCUUCCUGAAAUGGUGUGGGAAACAGCUGUGUUACUGCAGUUUCCACUUGUCAAUAUGGAAUUAAAUCUAUGGAUUGGGCCAUUUUUGUCUAUCCUAUUUUCUAUUUCAGUUAGGUGUUCUUGUUUAUAACUCCUCAUCCAUACUGUUGUUUAAUGUGGAUAUUAAGCUUCCUGUACCUUCAUUAAUUCUCUGUUGUCCAUAUGAUAUUUUCCUCUGUCACAGCCUUCCCCCACUUUUCCCUCUCUCAGUCUGGAUUUUCUCACACUAGGGAUACUCUGAAAUGCAGAGGGUAUGAGAAAAUCUGGAGGGAGGGAGGGAAAGGUAGUGAUUUAGAGAAGAACAUCAUAUGGACAACAGGACGCUUACUCUCCACAUUAAAUGACAGUGUGGAUAAAUAAGCUCUCCUUUCUUUUUAGAUAAUGUGCAUCACUAUUUGAGCCAACUCUGAUUUCCCAUUGGUCUGCUUUUGAUCAACUGAGGCAGACUAGUCUUGUGUAUCACAAAUAAUAUGUACAGUACUAGUUUCAGAGUUACAUUUUGUUUUUUUGUUUUUCUUCCAGAAAGGGGAUAUCAUUGAUAUCAUCUGUAAAACCCCAAUGGGUAUGUGGACGGGACUGCUAAACAACAAGGUGGGGAAUUUCAAAUUCAUUUACGUAGAUCUUAUUACAGAAGAGGAAUCUGUACCUAGAAAAAUAAAGCCACAUAAGAGGAGUAAAAGGGCCAAGCCUAAUUCGCUUCAAGAACUCUUGGACCGACUCCAUCUCCAGGUUGGUAAAACUCAAAAAUUUUAUUUGGUAAAGCUUCUUUUUGCAUUUCAUGAUCAUUCUCAAGCUCAAAACUUGCAGCUUCAGGCCAUACCCUGGGGGCCACAAGCAAGAUUUGUUGUGUACUUUGGCUAAAAUGGAUAAUUCCUUUGACCUCUAGAGUCAAAUUGCUCCAUUUAUUAGGCAGCUAUCAAAUUAUCACCCAGGUUGGUUACAUGUGUGUGGCCAGAUAUAAUUAGCCAAUAAUCAGAUAAGUGCCAAUCAGGUAUUGAAGGGGAGACUAAAUAAAUCCUCUGCUCCCCCUCCCAAAGGGUUGCUUGAUGCUGUCACUGAUUAUCUGACUAGGGUUAUGCAUGUACAACUGACUCCUUGUGCAGACUAGAGUCACAGGCAGUGGCGUAGCGUGGGUUGUCAGCACCCAGGACAAGGCAAGUAAUUUGCACCCCCUAACCCGUGGAUUUUAGUAGGGGCAGAGAGCUGCGAGUGCAAGCGCGCGCCCCCAGAUGUUGCGCCCGGUGCGGCCGGCCUCCCCUGCACCCCCCACGCUACGCCACUGGUCAUAGGUGGCACAUUUGCAGAAUAGGAAAGUUUCUCAGAUUUAUAUUGAUGUUUGGUAACAUCAAUAUACAGUAAUAUGUCUCUGACAAUGUAGUUUGGGAGUUACUCUGUGAAAUUAGAUCCAAGCUCCCAGGUGACCCAGAUCUGAUGACAUGCAUAAAAUCAAUAAUAUAUAAUCUUACCACUUGUAUUUUCUCAGCAUUCAAAGCGUUUCACGUACAUCUAUUAAAAUAGCUGCUUUGGUUGUCCUCAGAGGAAAAGGUAGGGUAUAUAUUGUCUAAAAUGAAUGAUCAGGUUAUAAAAUUGUUGGGGUAAUCUACGGUUCUCCGGUUGUUACUGGACUAAAUUCCCACCACCUCCAACCAUUGGCUAUGCUGACUGAGGUUGAUGGGAUUUGAACAACAACUGGAGGACCAUAGAGUAUCCUCCCUCAUUUUACAACAGUCCUAUAUGGAGGGAUGUAUUAUUUCUUUGACUGUAAUACAGAGAAAAUAACAAUAACCUGAACAAAGGGUUGUAAGGGUUGCUAAAAUAAUACGUGAUACAAGCUUCCAGUGCUUAAGAAAGCUUCUGUAUAAAAAAAAAAUCAAAUUGAUAUUUAUAUAAUUAAGAUUAUUAUUCAUCAGAUCUGAGACAACAAGUAGACAUCAGGAACCAAAUCUGAGCCAUAGGCAAGGAUAUAAACCUAUCUUGAAGCGGCAAUUCUUUCGAAGAACCUGUCAAUUGUAUACUUAAUAUUUCAUUAAUAAAAAUCCUUCACUCCACUUUCUUUAUCACUAGAGAAUGGUUUGUCGCUGAUUUCAAUGUAGUUCCUAAGGUAUAUGAAACUUCCACACAUAGUAUUGGUCUAUUUAACUAGGCAUGUCCAAAGUCCGUUUUGGGGUCUAAUCCGGCCCGCCGGUUGGUUUAAUCCGGCCCCUGUGACAGUUUAUUUCCUGGGAUAAAAUCCUUAAAAAACCUCAACAACUUCAAUCCUAAAAAAAAGGUCAACAACCUUGGUUGGCCCUUUGGUUGGCCCCCAUGGCCCUUCACUUUAUCAAAUCUGGCCCUCUUUGGAAAAAGUUUGGACACCACUUUUUAAACCAUAGAAAAAUAUUACAGCAUUGAUGUAAUGCAAUAUAAUCAGCAUUUUUAUUAAUGCUUCAGAAUCACAAUGUCAUUUUCUGUUGUUAAUUAGUCCUCUUAACUUUGCACAGUAAGAUACACAAAUGCUUUUUUUUCACAUGGACAGUCUUCAGAAAUGUAUGCCUAUAAAUACAUAGCGCGCCACAAAAUAAAAGACAUGCCUGUGCUACUGCAGUCCUGCUUGAAAACUGCAGUCCUGCUUGAAAUGGCAUACUUAUAAAUUAUACUGGUGACAUAAUGAUUUCCUCCUGCAAACUAGAUAUAAAUUUUUCUUUAUAUAAUAUUCAGCAAUGAUUUGUUUGAAAACUGCAUUAAAGAGGAAUGUAAAUCAAUUGUAAAGUAGGAGAAAAGGUCUUCAAAGGGUUAGGUUUGCCCCAGCUUGCUUGUUGAAACCUUUCACUGAAACUGUAGGUGUAUAAAUAAAGAAAAACAUAUAAAGUUCUGAGUGCAUUUCUAAAAAACUUGGGAAUAAUCUUGCCAAAGUGAAGCAGUUGUAAGGAAAGGUGCAUAAAAUCUUCAGAUGAAUCCUGAGUAGAACUGAGGCUUGGGAGCUUCAGAAAGAUUCUGGACUUAUCCAAGCUGAAGCAGGAUCUCUCUGGAGUGCUCCGAACCAAACUGGGAGCCACUGAAGCAUAUACGGAAAACACCAGAGUGGGAAGAGGGAGAGUUCUUUGUGACUGACAAGUUUAAUCAGGGAACAAGUUUAGCUUCUGGAGGGAUUACUAUGCCUGCAAAUGUCAUUCAAUUUUGUCAAAAGGAAUAAAAUGCCCCAUUACUGAAUGUAGCAGUGGGAAACCAAGUGCCCUACCAGAACAAGGCAGCCUGUUUUCUGAAAUGCCAACUCAGGGCCAAAUCAGGGUUCACACCCCUGAAACACACACACACACACACACACACACACACACACAAUUGCUUUUCUCUUCAGCAAUGCAAUCAAAAGAGAAAAAACUUUCAAUGGAGAAAAUAACAGAAGUAUGUUGUUUUUUACAGGACUACUCAUCAACCCUCUUACUAAAUGGCUAUGAGACUCUGGAAGAUUUGAAAGAUCUAAAAGAGAGCCAUUUAAUUGAACUUAAUAUUGAAAACCCAGAAGACAGAACAAGAUUACUCUCGGCUAUUGAGAAUCUGCAGGACUAUGAAAGUAUGUCUGAGGUUUCCAUUUGGUAUUAUAUAUCGCCACUUUUAUGUGUAAACCUCCAUGUCCCCUACCCGGGGGGGGGGGGGACUGUGAUGGUGAUGGUGGGAUCUAAUACAGUAGUAGCCAACAUGGUUGAAUUUCAGCUCUUAUCAACCCCAGCCAGUAUGGCCAAUAGUCAGGGCUAAUUGGAGUUUUUUCUGGCAACAUCUGAAAGGUAUCCCCUUGUCUACCCCUGGUCUAAUGCGCUACCAUAGGUGUGCCUUUAAAAUAUACUUCCAGUCUGCCAACACUCAGCUUCAUGGGAUGACCCUGAGUUCUAGCUGUAUAAGGAGGGAGUAGAAAAACUCCCAGCUAAUAGGGCUGAACUGUCAGUAAUUGAUCAAGCUAGAUAGUGUGCAGUCAAACUGACCCCAAACCACCUGAGCACCUUUUUGGUUAUACAGAGGUAGGAGCUCCAUAGGGCCAGGACCAUGUAUGUCUUCAUGAUGUCAGACGGAGGAAUCUCUGAAGUAACUCCCUCUACCCCUAGAGAGGGCGAUCUAAUGCUUCCAAAAGGCCCUUUGAUGCUCUUGCAGAAGCCAUAGGACUGCAGGGCCCACUAUCUGACUCAUAGUUAUAAAGAAGCUCUUAGCAAGACAUUCUGCACUUAGCUUAAUGCAUGUAUAAGGAACACUUUAAUAAAGAAACUUGAAGCGGGUCUCAAUGGCAAAUUGAUCUUUCCUAUAGAACAGUAGCGUUUUCCCCCAGUGUAGAUUGGUAAUGCGGAAGAUAAGAAAAACCUUCAAAAGUAUGCAAUGGGAUAUAUUAGGUCAUCCAGUCAAGUAAUUAUAAUGAAAGAACGGCAGCCAACAUGAUCCUGGGGUUAACUCUUAGCAGAGUAACUAAUUCUGCAUGACCUUGGCAAUACCAUUGUGUUUAAGUCAACCCGAGUGGAAAAUUGGGUUGAAAAAGCUGGACAUCGUUGUUGUAACUAAAUAUUGCAUCUGAAAUCAACUUUCCAAGGUCAAUAUUUUUUUCUUAAAUAGGCAUGACUGUCUACUAUAAAUGAUUUCCUAAUUAAAAUUGAUUAUCUGUACUGCUUAGAAGUGAGAUGCAUAAUUACCCAAUUGUACAAGAGAAUCUAGAUUCUGACCACAGAAAUUACACUAAAGUGACAAAAAUAUAAGCAUCACCUACAAAUAGAAAUGAUCUUUUGUUGAGACUAUAUGGGAAAAUUCCACUUAAAAUAAAAAGCUUGUCUUCCUUUAACAAAGAUCCAUAGCACUAGGGCUCCUCUUUUGAAGGUUUAGAUGGCUGACUCACAUAUGGGCCAAAUAUGACAUGUGAGUUUUUUCAGUUUCCCAAAAUUCAGACAAUUGGCCUUCCAUUAGUUUGACUCUACAGGAAAUAAAUUACAUCAACAAUAACUUUAUUUUUCCUAAAAUAAAUUCCAAAGAAGACUGACCCUGAUCUUGUGAACAGGAUUUGUACUGCUAAAAAUCCAUUGUGAAUCCCUUCCAUGUGAAGCCAUGGCAAAUUCAAUCGAGCUCCCCACCCACAACUGAUGACUUCACACCACCCAAGCAAAUCUGCAGCUGUUAUUAUAGCUAAAAGAUGUCUACUUUAUUGUUAUGAGUUUUAUUACCAAUCAAGGGGAUUGAAUUGUAUGAUGAAAUGAACUUCCAGCCCUCAGACCACUUUCUCGAGAACUGAACUGACCCCAAGAAUACAGCGACUAGAACAUCAUCCAGUGUCUUUAAAACAAUUGUGUUUUGGGUAAUAAGAGCCCUUUACAUUGUAAACCCAUCACCUGCACAGUUUUCACAGUGAGGAAUCAAAAUGAUUGUUGUGACUCACCAGUGAAAUAAUUGCAGGGCACAACUCUUGGGAUUCUAAGAGCGCAGGUGGCCCAUGGACUACAUGCCUGGAUUUUCUGCACAUAGAAAACUAGCAUAUCACUAUGCUAGAAUCCAUCUCCCUUAUGUGCUAGAUUAUGUGUCUAGGAGUCUUUAUACUUGAGGAAAAAACUAAGCAUGCAAUCACUCAUCUACAGAGUGUGCGUUGUAUCCCAGCAGAACUAGCACAUAUCUCUAUUUGGAUCUGACGAUCAGUUCUAAAUGGACCUGCAGUUCAACUGAAGGACAUAUCUAGAGCUUCACCAGGGGAUGUCAAACUCAUGCAUACAGCAAUUAUUCUCCAAACAAAGAUCCUUUCAACGGCAAUUUUCUUUAUGAAGCAAGCCAUAUUGUCACAACUUCCAUUGCAGUGAUCUAGACACCUGUACAUUUGCAAAGGCAGGUUCCAAGGGCAAAACAAGGGCAAAAAUGGAGAUAAUGAAUAUUUAUAGCAUAGCUCUUGUCAGUGUGUAUGCAUCAGCCUUAUAUUUCUUCAAUAUCCAUAGCCUAAUCCUACAGACUAAAGUAGUAUCAGACUAUACAUGUCAAAAUGAUGCAUAUCAUAGACUGUGCUAACCCUAUCUUAGACAACUCUGACUGAAAGCCAUUUAUCUUUUAUGAAACUGCUAUGCUUUAGGAAAAUUACAUGACUUCUAGUAGCUGAUAAGAUAGCAUGUUCUGCUGAUUCUGCAACAUUUAAUAGUAGCCCUUUAAAAAAAAUUCUAUCCUGGGCCUUUAACUAAUAUUUAACAGAUUAAAACCAGCAUCUGCCUUAAGUGGUACAAUGCUUCAAAUCAAAACUUGUGCAUUGAGUCACGAAGCAAGCUUGCUACUUUUGAAAUUAGAAGAUUGAAGAUUGGCAUUUGCUUUAAUUUUCUGGUCUUUGGAGUUGUAGUCCUUUGGUAUAGCAAGGUCUCAGUUUAGUUAGGGUCCCAGGUGUGGCCUGAAGGGACAGCUGAUGCACUCCUGCUGGGACUGGGAGGAGUCUCCUCCACAUUUGGCCAACAACCCCUUGAUAGAACAGCUUGCAUGGAGCAGAGGCAGCUCACUUACACCUCUUCCUAAUGGGCUUUUCUGGCCCAUAGGUGCUACAGUGCUGGCAUUUCCUCCUUCCAAAUAGGGCAAAGGAUGAAUUUAGCUGCUCCAUAGGUUGAUCCAAAGCUGAUCUUUUGGAGUAAGGUGUUUGGGUUCUAGUGGUUCUACCAUUGGUAAACUGAAGGACGGACUAUUGCAAUGCAUUAUCUGUUGAGCUACCCAUGAGGCUCAUUCAGAAGCUGCAACCUGCUUACAAUUCUGCAGCCCUGUUGUUCUCAGGCAUAGGCUACGGAUACCUAUAUAAACACCUGUGUUGAAGGAGUUGCACUGGCUGCCAGUAUACUACUGAAUUAUCUUCAAGGUCUUACUAUUAGUAUUGUUGUUGUUGUUUAGUCGUUUAGUCAUGUCCAACUCUUCAUGACCCCAUGGACCAGAGCACGCCAGGCACUCCUGUCUUCCACUGCUUCCCGCAUUUUGGUCAAACUCAUGUUGGUAGCUUCGAGAACACUAUCCAACCAUCUUGCCCUCUGUCGUCUCCUUCUCCUAGUGCCCUCAAUCUUUCCAAACAUCAGGGUCUUUUCCAUGGAGUCUUCUCUUCCCAUGAGGUGGCCGAAGUAUUGGAGCCUCAGCUUCAGGAUCUGUCCUUCCAGUGAGCACUCAGGGCUGAUUUCCUUAAGAAUGGAUAGGUUUGAUCGUCCAUGGGGCUCUCAAGAGUCUCCUCCAGCACCAUAAUUCAAAAGCAUCAAUUAUUCAGCAAUCAGCCUUUAUGAUCCAGCUCUCACUUCCAUACAUCAUUACUAGGAAAACCAUAGCUUAAACUAUACAGACCUUUGUCGGCAAGGUGGUGUUUCUGCCUUUUAAGAUGCUGUCUAGGUUAGUCAUUGCUAUUAUACUAUUAGUAUAUAAAGCCCCAAAAGAAAUGUGGCCAGUGUUCUUAAAAGAUCACUUUACUCCUUAUACCUCUGCCUGCUCUUUGCAUUCUGACAUUGAGGCACGUCUGACAGGGCUUGGCAGUGUUCGACUGCCCUCAACAAGGAAUUGGGAAUUUAGUGUAGUGGCACUGGUGGUGUAGAACUCUUUCCAUAAUGAAAUUUAAGUUUGAAAUCAAACUGGUUGCCAUCUGUAAUGAGGUGUUUUUUUAGGCAAAAACUUAUAAAUUGAUUAUUUAUUGUGAAAAUUAUCUACUUUUUAUAACUUCCUUGUAGGACGAGUCAUUCUGCACUUCUGUUUCCUUCCAUUUUGUAUUUUGAUUUGAUUCUAUUUGUCAUGUUGUUUUGGUUUUGAGAUUCAUACACUCCAUUUUUGAAUAGGUCUAUGACAUAGAAAUGAAUAAAUAAAUUUGGUGGAAGAAAUCAGCCCUCCGUUUCUCUUUCCCCAACGGUAGAUUGUGCCCCCUGCUGUUCCUGGAGCAGUGGUUUUUUUCACCUUUUGGGGAAGCACGUGCAACACUGGUUUUCACAUAUGAUUCUUCCUACAGGGUUAGGAUGCUACGAAAACAUGCCAUUUUUGGUUAUGAUUUAUUUUCGACAUUUUAAAUUCCGCCUUCCUUCCCCAGAGUUCAGGGUUAUGAGCAGAGUUCAACUCAUGUUGUCCUUGCAUCAAUCCUGCAAGGUGUUUUAGGUGAAAGAUCAUGACAGGAGCCAAGGUCACCCAGUGAACUCUAUGGUUGAAUUGGGAUUUGCAUCCAGGCCUCCCCAAUUCUAACUGCUACCCUACACUGGCUUUCUGUGAUAUAAAUAGAAAUUGGCUUGUAAGUUGUCUGGUGCCCUUCCUACAGGUCGAACCAAAGCAGCCACAUAACUAUCAAUCUUUUACUCAAAGGGAUUUUUAUAGCAUAUUGUUUCAAUUUUACAGAUGAACAAGACCAAGAAGCAGAGCAAGUGCCACAGACCUUAAGCCCUGACCUCAGCUUUAACAAGUCACAGUUAAAUGACUGUCCAAGAGACUCUGGUUGCUACAUCUCACCAGAAAAUUCAGAUAACAGCAAAGAAGACCUGGAUACAGAGAACCUGCCUGACAUGGUACGGGCAAUCACCAUCACUGAAUCAAACUGA